CGCGGGCGGACGGGGCGGAUGAACGAUAUCGGUCUUUUCUUUUCGAUUUAAUUCAGGUGUCGAAAAGAGCGAUAAGAACUGAAUUCGUUUCGAAAUACAAAAAACAAAAUGAGUAAGGCGACAAGAGCCUCAAUUAGCAUUUAGAAAAGCCGCAUCAUCAUCGCGAUCCCAUCAUUAAACUCCCUAUAGAUGGAGGAGGACGUGCUGAACGCCCUGCAGACGCGGAGUGCCUACUUAUCCGGCGGAUUCGAUCGCCAGAAGCGCAUCAUCUUCGUUGUCAACGCGUUCAACGAUCUGCAGCUGUGGAAUCGCCGCUAUCUGCAGGUGACUCUGGACUAUCUGAAGCGGUCUCUCAGCGCUUCGGUGUUGCAGAAUGGCGUCAGUGUGGUGGUCAAUGCCCAGGAAAGCAGUUCGCGGAUAUCGCGGCAGCAGGUGCGCCAGAUCUACGCCCUCUUCGGGGGCGACAUCAAUGUGGAUCUGUAUCUAGUCAGGGCGGAGGGCUUCUGGGAGAAGCAUGUGGAGCCGUGCACCAAGUCCCAGGUCAAGGGAGAGCCCCUGGUGCUGUCGAAGGCGAGGCUGUUCAAGUUCAUAGAGCCGCAGAACCUGCCCGAGGAACUGGGCGGCACCAUGCAGUUCAACUACGAUCUGUGGCUGCAGCAGCGCAAGUCCAUCGACGAGUUCACCAAGUCGCAUGUGCAAACAUUGGCUUCGAUGGAGAAACUGUUGGCUCUUCUGCGGGAGCACAAGUCUCUGCGGCCGGCGGAAGCGGAUGUGGAGCUGAAGAAGUGCGCCCAGAUGCAUGCCGGAGUCCAAAACGACAUAGAGUCCGCCAUCGACUUGGGUAACGCGAUCUUGGCCCGCUUCAACGAGGUCUACGAGACGCAUUCACCGCCGCCACAAGCGGUCGCACCUGCCUCGGAGUCCCCUGUGGGUCCCCCGCCCAUCCCCGCCCACUCCACCACUGCACCUUCCCCGCAGAAGCCCCUCCUGCCGCCAGAUCUCGUCUGUGAGCGCGCCCGCAUCGAGUUGCGAUUGAAUGAGAUCGAAAAGAAACAGACGGCCAUCCGGACUGCCUGGCUGGAACUGCUGCGAUCUCUGAGGGAGGCACGCGAACUCAGUACUUUGGAGGAGGGGGUGUCCUUCGUCACCAACUGGAUCCUGCAAGAGGCCGAGCUGUUGCUCAGCCGCCAAAGGAGCGUUGCCGGUGAUUUUAGGGGAUGUGAGGCAUUGCGUUCUGCUCACGAUCAACUGGAACUGGAGUGCCGGGAGACCUACGGUUGCUAUGCGGAGCUGCUCUAUAAGAUCGAAAAACUUGCCGCUGAAAGGCAGGCAUCUGCGAAGGAUAUGGACCGGUGCCAGGAUCUUCUCUCGCAGCGAGACUUCAUGCAGUUCGUUUGUCGCUCCUUUGCAAAGCGAUUGGAACGACGAAGAAAUGUACUGAUGACCGCCCUCAGGUUCCAUCGCCUCCUCGAUCAAUUUGAGGAUUUGCUGGCCACCGGUAACCAUGUGGUGGAGGUGGACAGUCGAUCGCUUGACUGGAACGAGGCUGAGCAGCUACUCAUGCAGCUCACUAACAACCAGGAAAUGUUGGGCCACGUCGAACGCGAACUUGUGCGUGAAGGUGAAAAGCUGAGCGACAUGCUGGCCAUGCCAGUGAAAGACGCUCUGGGCCGUGACCUCCAGCUGGACUACAGUGCCGAGAUCGCCCAGCUGCGCCGGCAGAUCGACGAGAGCCGGCGGCGUCGUCAGGUGUGCGGACAUCGGCUGGCGCUGCAGCGGCUCACCUUGGAGCAGGUGACCCACAUCCACGCCUACGAGGAGGACGCGCGGAGGGCGCGGGACUGGCUGCAGGAGUUGUAUGCCGUCUUGCUGCGGUGCCACUCCCAUGUCGGCUGCAACAUCCACGAGAUUCAGCUGCAGAAGGACGAGCUGCAGGGGUUCGAGGAAACCGGACGGAGCAUCUACCACUAUGGCUGCCAAUUGCUGGAGGCUUCCCAAACGCUGCGCCUUUGCUGCAAACUGGAAGCAUCAGGAUCUGGGUCACAAAGCAAUCACAGUCAGAGUUUCAUUAGUGACGAACUGCAGCACACGUGGCACAGUCUGCAGUCUGUGGCCCAGGAGCAAAUGACCAGACUGCGCGUCUCCGCCGUUUUCCACCGCAGUGUGGAGGCCUAUUAUCGCCAGCUGAGGGAACUUCGGCCCCUUUUGACCCAGGAACUGUCCGCGCAACUGCAGCAGCAGCAAAGACAGCAGCACAACCGCAGUAGCAGUGGAAUAAGCAGCGAUGCCGAGGCAGAAUUGGAAUCGGAGCUGUCUCCUUUGGCCGAAAUGCCUCCGCGACUUCAGAGGCACUUGGUGGCCAGGGAGCAACUGCUCGUCGAAGUGGGCAGAAUGGUGAGACUGGGAAGACUGCUGAAGAAGCGUCUCAAAGAGCCUUUCGUUCUGGAUGCAUUAACAGGAAAGAGUGUCGUGGCCGAUGAACUGCCCCUGGAUUGCACUGCACCAAGUCCACUCCAUGACAGUGGAAGGACCAGCAGUGCUGGAAGCGAGAUACCCGGGGACUCGCCCCCGGCCACUGUGGAAGUGGUUCCCACAGGUAGCAACGAACUGGCCUGCGCCGCCAUUUCCCACAAGCUGGGAGCCAUUGCCGAGGUGGCCGAGUCUCUGGACGCAGUCAUCCGGGAUGUCCAGCAGCAGGAGGGCGUCGCUAGCAAUGGAACCAGCAAUGGCACUGGGGGUCAUGGCAUUAAAAAACUGGGCAGCAUUGAGGAUUGGCACUCCCGCUCCACCGAGGACGAAUCUUUCGCCACCGCCUCUGAAGGCAACUUCACGCCGAAUUCACACUCCUCAUCGUUCCAAACAGCCUCAGGACGCACUAGCUCCUACAUAGGUUCGGCUAAGAACUCCUUUGAUGAGGCGGACGACUCUACGUUGAGCACAUUCGAAAUACCCGAAUUACCACCUUCGCCAGUCAAUAUGUCCUUUGAUAGCUCCGAUAUGAGCUACUUCUCCGCCCAUCAGCAGCGGAUGAAAAGUGAGGAUCAGGACAGUGUGGUGGGCGUGGCAGAGUUGCAUAGUCAGAGUGUAACGCCCACUCCGGACGAGGAGCAGCAGCACCUGCUGCUGCCACUUCCAUUACCGCAGGCCAUCGAAUCGGACAGCGAGGUGGAAGGAUUCAGUUUGGCCACGGGCAUUACGACGGAGCUAGCGCCCAGGAUAUCCAAUGCCCACACUCCGGAGAUUGUGGAUCCAUAUCUCGAGACCAAAUCCUCGACACAGGCGGUGCAAGAGACGCUGAACGACUUCAGUAAGCGGCAGGUCGACGUGACGAGCAGUUUGGAGAAUUGGACAACGAGCAUUGCGGAGAAGCGAGAAGUCGAAUAUCUACUCGAGAAAGUCAUGAGCGACAACGAGGAGACCGUGGCCAAGAGCACCCAGGUGGACACGCAGUUGUAUCCCGUAUUCACCUCCCAGAGCGUGGACUCCAAGCAGCUUUUGAUCAGCACCCGCGAGAAGCUGACUAACGUGACCCAGGACAUCGAAAGGGCCCAGGAUGAGAUACAGCAGCGCAUCCAGACGACGCUCGGCAUCCAGACCAAGGAUCAGCCAUCGCUGGCCAAGAUCGAGCAGGUGAUCAACAACCUGCGCAUGCUGAAGGCCAAGUUGGACGGCAUCAAGUACGAUUAUCGCACUUUGGUGGAGAGUGUGGUUCAGUUUCUGGAGAACAUAGUGCAGCUGCGUCGCGAAAUCGACGACUACUUCGCCAGGCAGCAGAAGGAACCCGCAUCCGGCGCGGAUCGCAGCAUUGCGGAGCACGAGAAAUUCCGCGAUCAGUGCAUGGAUAAAUUUAGAUCGCUAAUCACACAAUCCGAACUGCUGAUCGAUCGAGUGCGCGUACUGGAACCGCCGGGUGCCCGGGAAAUCGACACCGACCGCAUACUGAAGCUGCUCGAGAACCUGCGUCUUCACUUCGAGUCAAACAGCAGUGCACGCAUGUCCACCCUAGAGCGUCUGGAGAAGAUCGAGCAGUUCCGCUCCGAUCUCGAGGACAUCGAUCGCAGCCUGGACAGCGUUAGCCAGCAGCUGCACGAGAUCAACAACCAGAGCGUCGACAGUCUGGCGGCGGCCAAAACCACGUCGCUGGCGUUUGAGUAUUUUGAACGGACCAUAGAGCUGCUCGAGAAGCGGAUCGAGAAGUUUACGGAGUCCACGAGCCAACAGCUUUUUAUUACCAAUCCCGAGAGCGAGCGGUACGUCAAGGACGAACUGCGCAAACUCAACGACAAAUGGCAGAGCUUCAAGGAUCAAGUGAAGCAGAAACGAAAGAGCCUCAACCAGGCGACCGACUUCUUCGAGGUGGUCGAGAAGAUCGACGCGGAGUACCGUGAGAUUAGCUACUUCUACACAAGCGUGUCCAACAAGGUUCCAUAUCUGCGCGAUUCCGUGGAAGCGGGAAAUUUGGUCAAUGAUAUCGAAAACUAUGUGACCAGCCGGGAGGGUGCUCUGCGCUCCAAGUUGGAUAGUGCCUCGCAAUGUGCCCACGAUAUGAACAAGGUGUCGUCGCUGUACAACGAUGUAAUGAACAUCUUCCAGUCCUUCAUCAAGCUUAAGAUGGACAUUAAUGUGGUGCAAGAGAGGCUGAAGCACGAGCAGCGCCAGAAGGAGCAAAGGGAACGGGAUGCUCGCGACCAAGCCGAACGGGAGAAGGCUAUAAAGGAAGCGGAGGCCAAGGAAAGGCUGCACAGAGAAGAGCAAUCCCGCCUGGAGAACCAGCGCCAGCAGGCGGCCAUUGAGCAGGCUCAGAGGGAAUUGGCAGCCAGAGAAUUGGCUCUGCGGGAGCAAGCUGUCCGGGAGGAGGAGGCUAGACUGCAGGCCAUUCGGGAGCAGGCCACUCGAGAACAAUUGGCCAGGGAACAGGCUGCCAGGGAGGAGGAGUUGCGCAUCCAAUCGCUCAGGGAGAUUGCCCGCAGAGAAGAGGAAGUGCGCCUCCAGAACAUCAGGGAUGAAGAAACGCGCGUUCGCCGCGAGGAGGAGGAGCGCAUCCGUAGAGAAAAUGAGUCACGAUCGAAGCGCGAAGAGAAAGCCCGCAUCCAGCGUGAGGAGAUCACCAGACUCCAAACCCUACGCGAUCAGGUUGACCAGCAGCGAAUUGUAACCGAAAACAUCCGCAAAGACAUUCAGGUUAACUCCAUUUUCACGGAGCUGCGCUAUGCCUCUCCGCUUUUCACUCGUCCUCUGAAAGAUGCAGUUACCCGCGAGGGAGACCGAUUCGUCUUCGAAUGCGAGGUUACGGGAACUCCGGAACCCGCCGUGGAAUGGUUCAAGGAUGGCAUCAGUAUCCAAACAAAUUCCGAUUAUAAGACCACCUUCGAUAAGGGAAUCUGCAGAUUGGUAAUCGAGGAAACCUUUGCCGCAGACUCAGCACGUUUCAGUUGCCGUGCCUCGAAUCUGGUGGGUACUUGCGAUACUAAUGCCACUUUAUCCGUCCGGGAAAAUGCAGCCGAUGUGCAGUUGGUUCCACCACGGAUUCUUCGAUUCUUGCAGAGUGGCAAGGCCACCGAGGGAAGCUCCUUUCAGUUUGCUUGCGUGGUGGCUGGAGUUCCCUUGCCCACUGUUCAGUGGUUCAAAAAUGACAAGUGCAUCGACGAUUCUCCGGAUUACGUGAUCAGCUACAACAAUGGUGAGGCCACUCUGAAGUUCGAGGAGGUCUUUUUGGAGGAUGAUGCGGUGUACACCUGCAGUGCCUCCAAUCCGGCAGGCAUUGAACAUUGCUCGGCUUCUCUGAUUGUGGAACCUCUGGAACCUACAGAGCUACCCAGUUUCAAGGUUCCCCUUUCAAAUGCCAUGGCGCGUGUGGGUCAGAAAAUCAAGCUGGAGGCCAUCGUGGGCGGAAUUCCCAGGCCAGAAGUCUACUGGCUGCACAAUGGCAAACCCUUCCAGCCGCGCGAUUCCAAGUACGAAUACGGCCGCGUAACGCUGAUAAUCCCGCAGGCUUAUCCCAACGACGCCGGAUCCUACGUCCUGAGCGCCAAGAACCUGGCUGGCGAAGCCUAUACCAGUUGCAACGUGAUAGUAAAGGGUCGACUGCCCAACGAGACCUCCGAUUCCGAGAUGGCCAGUGAUAUAGAACCGAUCAAACCCGCCGUGCACUUGCCCCUGAAGGAUGUCUCCAUAUUCGAGGGUAAGCCCGUGAGGCUGGACUGUGUGAUUGUGGGCCAACCCGAGCCCGAGGUCAUCUGGUACCACAAUGAGCGACCUGUUAAGGAGUCCGCCGAUGUUCAGUUGCUGUUCCAAGGGGACCGAUGCUCCCUAAUCAUCCAAGAGGUGUACCAAGAGGACGCAGGACACUACAAGGUGGUGGCCAUUAAUUCGGCUGGAGAAGCUUCCAGUAGUUGUGAACUCAAGGUUACUCCUCUGAAUCAAGCGGAACCGGCCACUCGGGCACAGGCGGAGAGGCAAUCCUUGCCGAAAGACUCGCAGCCAAAGUUCGAGAGACUUCUAUCCGAUGUCUUGGCAGAUGAAGGCGAGCAAGUGGUCCUCGAGGUGCAGGCCAGUGGGGAUCAACCCCUGACGGCCCAGUGGUUCCUGACCAACAAGGAGCUCCACCUGGAUCAGCGGAUUACCACACAAUCCGACUCCGAACUGGGAAUCUUUAAGCUUAUCCUCAACAACGUGUGUGGCGAUGACAAGGGAGUGUAUACUGUAAAGGUGACCAAUCCUGCGGGAGAUGCCAAAUGCUUUUCGCAUCUCAUAGUGAAGUCCGUGAAUGCUCCCGAAAACCGUAGAAGUAGCCAAUCGUCGGUUGAAAUCUUAGACCGUCACCAGUGUCCCGAAUUCAAAGAACUGUUUAGUGACAAACAAGGUGAAAUCGAUGAGGUGAUCAAGUUCGAGUGCAUUGUCAAGGGCAAGCCCACACCAAAGGUCCACUGGUUCUUCAACGACCAACCCGUUCACGGUCAUAAUUUCCUCGUGUCUACAAGUGGAGAACGUCAAGUGCUGACCAUUCAGAAGUUAACCCACGAUGCCGUGGGCAAGAUCAGUUGUGUGGCUGAGAAUGAGGCGGGCAAGGCCACCUGUGUGGCCUUUUUGAAUAUCCGAGGAAGUGGUUUGCCCGCCUCCAGUGAUGUUCAGACUGUGAGCCAGGAGCACAACACCGAAUCCUCGAGGGUCACGAUCAAAAAGCAGACCUUUACCACCACUUCCACCUCGCAGGUCAAUUCCUACGAGGGAAAUGCUCCUCAAACCGAGGUUCAUCACUCCUCCGCUCACAUCGAUCAAUCCCUGAAGCAACUUGGACAACAGCGGCCGGAGAUUGUGGAGAGCCAUCACUACCAGGAGUUGCACAAGAGCAAGGAGAUGAGCAGCCCCAGUGUACAGCAAAAGUCCUUCAGCUUUAUCCAAUCCAGUGGAGCCAAUGGACAAUCCGCAGUAGCAAUACCAGACUCGCCGACUCGCCUCAGAAGAGAAAUAGCUCCUAGGUUCACCACUCCCCUUAGUGGAAAAAUCGUGGAUCAGGGCGCCGAUGUCAGCAUGGAGGCCAUUUACGAUGGCUUUCCUUCGCCCGAGAUCAAGGUGGAGAAGAACGGGGGUCAGCUGUUCGAGGAUGCCCACACCAGGAUCUCCAACAAGUGCAAUCGCGUGACCAUCGAACUCAAACAAGUGGGCGUGGCCGAUGCGGGACGAUACGCGGUGACAGCCUCCAAUACUGUGGGUCAAUCCACCAGCACAGCGGACUUGGUCGUUAAAAAGACCAUAUUCCCGCCUGUUUUUGGCCGCCGUCUGCAGGCUCAAGUUAGCAAGAAAGGCGAGAAGUUGACCAUGGAGGUGGAGGUAACCGGGUUGCCGGAACCGACGGUCACCUGGCUGAAGGACGAAAAGCCGCUAAAGGAUGCUGGAAUUUCCGAGCACCGCUUGCUGGCCCAGGGCAACUCCUACAGGCUGAUCAUCGAAAAGGCGCAAACCACGGACUCUGGAAAAUACAUGGUGCGUGCCACAAAUGCGGGAGGUGAGGCCAAGAGCAUUGCCGACUGUGCCAUCCUCGAGCCUUCGCCGGAACGCUUGCAGGAGGUGGUCAAGACGAUUGUCUAUGAGACGGGUCCUGUGGCUCCGGCCAGCGAAUUCAAAACUGAAGUGCCGAAACAAAGUCAGAACAGCGAUAACCAACAGUCGUACCAAAGCAGUCAGACCGAAGUGACUAGUGCCAAUGAUCUUCACGGUCUGUCCGAGUCGAAAGUGAUCACUGAGCAUCGUUGCACUACCGAGGCAACCAUGCGUCUAGAGCACAAAUCGAACUACCUGGAUCUGCCCGAGUUGACCGCGCGACCCAAGACACCAACCACAAACGAUACUAUCACCAUCACCACAAACACUGCCACCGCCAGCAUGGAUCAGCCAGAUCUGACACAACCCACCAUCACCACCACCACCGCCACCACCAACAAAGCCCCACCGCCAGUACCACCCAAGCCCUGUACGCCCGUGGUGGCCACCACCUUUGGCCAACAGCAGCAACCACCACAGACGCUGACCAGCACCAGAUACGAGCAGAGCGAGCACAAGUCAACCACAUCGUCCUCCUCGUUCGACUACUUCAAGAAGAUCGAUGAAGAGACCAUCAUCCAGCGGCCAAAUCCAUUAACAUUUAAGCCCCUGGAGACUGUGGUACGACAACCUAAGGCACAAUCUCUGGCGGAGGAGCUCAGGAGUCUCAACCUAAUACCGGGAGAUGCUCCAGAGUUCUGUUACUCACCGAAAACCGAAAGAAGCGAACCCAAAAUACCCCUAAUUACUGAGAAAAUCAAGAUACUUUCCGAGGUCCAACCCAAGGAGCCACCACCACAGGGUGGUGUACCCGUCUUUCCACCGCCUCUGGGUCUCCAAACUGUGCAACACGAAAGCACAACCACUAAGGAGGUGAAGGUGGAGUAUGGACAACCAAUUGUGCGCCCUGCGGCAGUGUUAGCCACUCCUGCUCAGCAGAACCCACGCUCACCCUCUCCCAAACCCUCCGCCGAAGGAGUAGCCAUGUCGAGAUUAUGGACACCAACUGGGGUAACUGGUUACACCAGUGAUGUAGAGCAGAAAUCAGAGAAAACGGUGAUCUCCAAGCUGGCCACACCAACUCCAACCAAGGAGCUGAAUGCACCCUUCCUGGUAAAUCAGAUAGUAAAGAGCAUACCGACAACUGCUCCCGUAACGCACUUGGUGAAUGUCGAACUGGAACCAGGGACACCACCAGAGAUUUGCUUUGCGCCCAAGGUAGAAGAAACCCGUCGACGUUCCUUGGUUGAGACCAUGGAGCAGAAACUGGAACAGAAUUUGAUCCAGGGACCCAGCAAGGUCUUGCCGCACUCGGUGCCCACCCUGACACCAAACACCGCACCACCGGUUCAGUCGAAACCCUUGGGUAACACCACUUACCGACCACCACCUCCAGUUCUACCCACCCGAUUGGGAGUCUACGAAAGCGACUAUGAGAGUGAUCGGUACAAGUAUAGUGGCAGUGAAUCGGAUGUGGAGCCCGGAAUUCGCAAGCAGCCACAACUGACAACCAUGGAGACGUCCUUUAAGUCCAGUGGCUACACAGCGGAUACUGAGGAGCAUUCUAGCUACCGCAAGUCGGAGUCAAGUUUUUACGAAACCAAGUCAUCGUCCACUAUGGGAAGCGCACCACCGCAAACACAGUUCCCGAAGUUGCAGCCUGAGCCACCGGCACCGAUUUACUUCACGCCAAAGCCACAACCGCAGGUGCAACCACAGGCGCCACCAUCUCAAUCGAAUGUUCACAGUCAGGAGGCGAAGGACUACAAGUACACCUCCUCGAGUAUGACCAGUAACUACUCCCACAACAUGCAGAGCAGCAGCAGUUCCUCCCAUCACGAGACCAAGUUCUCCUCGACGUCAGCACCGCCACCAGUGGUUACCUAUCCUAGUCCUAUUCCUGCCCAGAGGAAAACCCCGGCGGCGGAGUUCAGUGACUACAGCAGUGAGAUUGAUGAACGCUUCCGUUCCGUGUCCCGCACCAAUGAAUCCGAUGCAGAGAUCAAGGGGUACCGAGUGGUCUUUCCACCCACGCCUACUCCUCGCACAAACAUAGCCACCAAUGGCCACAAAUCGCCAGUGGUGGUAAUUACCCCUUCGCCCAUGGAAUUCGAACCGACUCCUCAGGACUACGCUAGGCCCAAAUUUGAACCGAUUGGCAAGGAGAUACGCCAUGAAAUCAAGACGGAGACUAGCUCCAAACAAUCCAAGUUUAUGCAGAACCAACACCAGAGUCAGCCAGUCUUUAAGCCAAAACCUGUGGCGGCCAAAUUCAUUGCGGCAACCCAACAACAACAGCAGAAGCAGCCACAGGCCACAGCCCGUCCGACCAUGUACUACAAUGCUGUUGCUGGAGCUCCGAUGCACGUGGCCAAGGUGGCCACCGAAACUAAGAACGUGAUGCAGAUGCACGAGUCCACUGAGAGUUCACAGCGGGUGGUGAAUAUGCAACAGACCAAGAGGGUAAUACACUUUGAUAGUGCGCAGGAGCAGAGGGAUCAGCAGAUCCUGGAACCCUUCCCCUACAGCCCCGCCACCAGUCGUACGCCUUCGAGACAAUCCCAUCUGCCACCGCCAGCCACGCCCACUAAAUUUGUGGCCGGAGAAUUCCGUGAGAGUGAUUACGAGAGUGAGGUUGAUGGCGCACGCAUCCAACCACUGUGGUCUCCUUACGGCGAUGGUUUGACCAAAGGUUUCAGGCGGGUGGCGCCGCCUCAAGGAGCUGGUCGAUCGUGCAGUCUGCCCCGGACCUAUGAAAGGGUCUUGUCCCCCAUGGAAUUCGAUCGCGGUCCCGAGAUGCCCAGCAAGAUCCACGUGGAUAUAAACACUCUGAGGAAAGAGCAACGCGGGGGCAGUACAGUGACAACACAAAAUCGUACUCAAUCCUUGAACAGGAACACCACCAUGAGGCAACAGCAGCAACAUCAGCAACAGCAGCAACAUCAGCAACAGCAGCAGCAGUCCAUGGAUCAGAUCGACAGGGCCGGAACUCUGCCCCGAUAUGGUUAUAGUUCCCUCCAGCAGCAAGCAGAGAAUCAGGGUCGUCGCAUGGGCUCCACCUUCCUCCAGAAGUCCCAUCAGUUUGUCGACGAUGUUAGCAGGGAGAUCAGAAGCUCCGCUUCGAACGGCAUCCGUCCGGGUUUCAAAAGGGCUCCCAGCGAAGGCAGCAGCCAGAAACCUCAAGCCUUCCGGGAUGAAUCGCGCGUCUCUCAAUACGAUCAAGGCACUCAAACGGAUAGCUUGCUAAUAACCGAAGAGGAACCGGCGCCGGAGGCCACGGAUCAGCCCCUGGGUAAUGGCGUCAAUAAAACGCCUUUGCGCAAAUCUGCGUCGUUCUCAUCCACGUCGACCAGUUCGCCGGCCAGUUCCUCCAUGGGUUCGGCCACAUCGACCAUGUCACUGCGCUCCUCGACGCCCCUGAGGAGCAAUAAUCACUCCCAGUCGAGUCGGGCUCUUCGGAGCGACACCAUCAACACGUUCCAGAAGUGGGAGACCACGAUCGAGUCCAUCAGCUAUGUGAGCACCAAGACCGUGUCCAUUUCGGAUUUUAGCCAGGAGCCGCAGCUACGUGAGCAAACAGUGCAACAACAUCAUGGUGGCAGCAUCGGAGGCGCCUACGUGCCCCCUUCGCUGACACACGUGUACGCCCAGGGCGACAUCUCGCCGCCCGUCUUCGAGCAGAUCUUCAAGAACGCUCGAUUCGCCCAGGGCGGCAAUGCCCUCUUCGAGGGACGCCUGCGUGGCAACCCGAAGCCAUUCGUAACCUGGACCCGGAAAGGCGCACCCCUUCUCGAGUCGCAGAAGUUCCGGAUGAGCUACAACGAGGCCACCGGCGAUGUGUCCCUGCUGAUCAAUCAGAUCGGACCCGGGGACGAGGGCGAGUACACGUGCACCGCUCGCAAUCAGUAUGGCGAGGCAAUCUGCAGCGUCUACAUCCAGCCGGAGGGAGCACCGAUGCCCGCCCUGCAGCCCAUCCAGAAUCUGGAGAAAAACAUCUACUCGAACGGAUAUUCGUAUACCUCCAUUGAGGAGGAGUUCCGUGUGGACACGUUCGAGUACAGGCUGCUCCGUGAGGUUUCCUUCCGUGAGGCCAUCACCCGUCGAUCUGGCUACGAGCAGGACUCCCAACUCUCCCAGGAGCUGGACCGCAACCAGGGUCCUGCGCAGGCGCCACAAAUCUCGCAGAAGCCGCGUAGCUCCAAACUGAUCGAGGGAUCCGAUGCCGUGUUCACCGCACGCGUAGGCUCCAACCCCAAGCCCCGGCUCACCUGGUUCCAUAAUGGCCAGCGUUUGGUGGCCUCGCAGAAGUACGAGAUCUCCUAUUCGAGUGGCGUGGCUACGCUCCGCGUGAAAAACGCCACGGCUCGCGAUGGCGGCCACUACACGCUGCUUGCCGAGAAUCUGCAGGGCUGCGUGGUUUCAUCCGCCGUGUUGGCCGUGGAACCGGCCGCGGAAACCGCCUACGAACCAAAGCAGGUGGACGUGGUUGCCGAGCAAUUGGAGGCCGGCAAAGCGUUGCCGCCAGCCUUUGUAAAGGCUUUCGGAGAUCGCGAGAUCACCGAGGGUCGCAUGACCAGGUUCGAUUGUCGCCUUACUGGCAAUCCCUACCCCGAGGUCUUUUGGCUUAUCAACGGCCGGCAAGUGCGCGACGAUGCCUCGCACAAGAUUCUAGUCAACGAAUCUGGCAGCCACUCGCUGAUGAUCACCAAUGUGACCCGAUUGGAUGCCGGAGCUGUCCAAUGUCUGGCCCGCAACAAGGCUGGUGAAGUUGCCAUCGAGGCACAGUUAAACGUGUUGGAAAAGGAACAGGUUGUCGCACCACAAUUUGUCCAGCGUUUCAGCACCAUGACUGUACGCGAGGGUGAACCGAUCACCAUGAGCGCCAAUGCCAUUGGAACUCCGCAGCCACGUAUCACCUGGCAGAAGGACGGCGUCCAGAUCUCGUCCACCGCCGAGCGCUUUGUGGGCAUCGACGGAGGAGCCACCUGCCUGGAGAUUCCACGCGUCACUGCCAACGACGCUGGAUGGUACCAGUGCACCGCCCAGAACAUCGCUGGAUCCACGGCCAAUAGGGCCAGGCUGUAUGUCGAGGUUCCUAGGGAACAACCAAGUUACGAGCAGCGUCGUCUCAAUCUCCCGAGACCAACGAAAGUCAUCGAGCCAGAACCCAUUCCUGGCCCUGAAAUCAUCUACCUUCGCCAUGUGGAGCGUGCCAAGCCCCAUCUGCGCCCUGGUGAGGAGGAUCGAGUCUAUCCGCCGCCGCAGUUCAUCAUCCCGCUGCAGAAUGUGCAGCAGACCGAAGGCGGCCGUGUUCACAUGGAGGCCCGCAUCGAACCAGUUGGCGAUCCCACCAUGGUCGUCGAGUGGUACCUCAAUGGGCGUCCGCUCGCAGCCAGUGCCCGCGCCACAUCCGUUUUCAAGUUCGGCUUCAUCGCUCUGGAUCUUCUGAGCAUUAUGGGCCACGACUCCGGCGAGUACAUGUGCCGUGUGAGCAACGCCAGCGGAGUGGCUGAAUCCCGCGCUAUUCUGUCCGUGGUGCAGCGCCCAUCCAUUGAGCAAUCUUCGCAGAACCCCAACAGUCUGCAGUACAUCAACCAGUUGGAGGACUACUCGCGCUACCAGCGCACAGAGAGCAUCGAUGAGCAGCUCAACCAGGCGCCCCAGUUCAUCCGCCCGCUUCGCGAUCUUGGUGAAUUCGAGGAGGGCAAGAACGUGCACUUUGAGGCUCAGGUUACACCUGUGAACGAUCCCUCCAUGAGAGUGGAAUGGUACAAGGACGGACUACCCAUCACGGCUAGCUCCCGCAUCACUGCCAUCUUCAACUUCGGCUAUGUCUCCCUGAACAUCUUGCACCUGAGAGCCGAAGAUGCUGGCACGUACACUGUGCGGGCAGUGAAUCGCAUUGGAGAAGCCAUCAGUCAGUCCUCCAUUCGUGUCCACUCCCGUUCGCAAGUCACUGCUGAUCUGGGUAUACCCGAACAGCAGCGUUACAUUGAAAAGGUCGAGGAACUGGAGGAUUACCGAAAGUCCCAGCAGCGUCGUCAUGUCCAAGAGGCGGCCGAGGCUAUUGCCCCGCCCCAAUUCAAGACACCGAUCCAGAACCAGUUGGAUCUGCGCGAGCACGCGCAUGCGCACUUCGAGGCAAGACUUGAACCCAUUGGAGAUUCAACCAUGCGGGUCGAGUGGCUGAAGGAUGGUCAGCCUCUGGAAGCCAGUUCCAGGAUCACCACCUACCAUAACUUCGGCUACGUGGCGCUGACCAUUAAGCAGCUGACCAUCUAUGAUGCCGGUACCUACACCUGCCGUGCCUACAAUGCCAUGGGUCAGGAUACCACCGUGGCCCAGCUUACGGUUAUCUCCAAGAACGAAAUCGUUUCGGAGUCACAGCACCCAGGUGGUCUGCAGAAGAUCCAGCAUCUCGAGGACUCGUCGCGCUACGGACGCCGCGAGGAGGAGGAGACCUACAUCACCCAGGCUCCCCGUUUCCUCGGCCCUCUUAAGGGAACCACCAAAAUCCUUGAGGGCCAGCGCGCUCACUUUGAGGCCCGUGUUGAGCCCCAGAGCGAUUUGGGCCUGGUGAUCGAGUGGUACCACAACGGUCGCUCCAUCACCGCCGCUAAUCGCAUCCAGACGUACUACGAUUUCGGUUAUGUCGCCCUGGAUAUUUCCCAGGUGCGCGCUGAAGAUGCUGGCGUUUACCUCGUGGUGGCUAGGAACAAGCUAGGUGAAGCUCAGCAGCAAGCAACGAUGAUAGUGGAAACUCGUUCCAGUAUCGACACAUCUAGCAUGCACCGCGGCCUGUACGAGAAGACUCAAAACCUGGAAAACAAGCCGUUCGUGGAGCCUCAAUAUGACAUCGAAGAGAUCUCCAAGUCGAAGCCAGUGUUUGUUACCCCACUAAGUGAUCCAAAGCCCAUUCACGAUGGCAAGAACAUCCAUCUGGAAUGCCGUCUUGAGCCAAUGGGUGAUCCCACCAUGCGCGUCGAGUGGUUCCACAACGGUCGCCCCGUUACUGUGGGUUCUCGAUUCCGCACUUACUAUGACUUUGGUUUCGUGGCUUUGGAUAUUAUCAAGGCCACGGCCGCCGACUCUGGAGAAUAUACUGUGAGGGCCACCAACCACUUGGGUACGGCUCACACCUCAGCCUGCGUGCGUGUGAUCGACCACACGGACGUUGUGACCGAGACUCAAAACGAGCAAUCGCUGGAGCAGAUCCAAUUGCUCGAGGACUCAAGGCGCCGCCAUCACCAGGAGGAGGAUAUCACCAUCAUGCAAGCGCCCCAGUUUACCAGGGGCCUGCACAACAUUGAGACUAUUGAGGGUACCAAUGUGCACUUGGAGUGCCGCCUGCAGCCCGUGGGAGAUCCCAGUAUGCGUAUCGAAUGGUUCGUAAAUGGAAAGCCUGUUAAGACAGGCCAUCGUUUCCGCCCCGCCUACGAAUUCGAUUACGUUGCUUUGGACCUGCUUGGCUGCUACGCCAUCGACUCGGGCGUUUACACAUGCCAGGCCAGAAACCAAUUGGGUGAAGCCGUAACCUCGUGUUCCGUGCGAAUUAUCGCUAAGAAUGAUUUGAUUUUGGAGACCCAAAACGAGUCGGGUCUUCAGAAGAUCCAAUACUUGGAGGACUCGACGCGACAUCGCCGCAGUGAGUUUGUCGACGAGGUUGUGAACAUUCGCCCGCGGUUCCUCACCCACCCUAAAAGCUUGACCAACACCCGCGAGGGUGGUCACGCUCACUUCGAGUGCAAGAUUGAGCCAGUGACUGAUCCGAACCUGAAGGUGGAGUGGUUUAAGAACGGACGUCCCAUCACUGUGGGUCACCGCUUCCGUCCCAUUCAUGACUUCGGCUACGUGGCCUUGGACAUUGUCCAUUUGAUUGCUGAGGACUCGGGUAUCUACACUUGCAGGGCCGUUAACCUGAUUGGCUCUGACGAAACCCAAGUGGAGCUGCAGUGCCGCAGUGGUGAGCAGAUUGUUACUGUCACCCAGAACGAGGCUGGUCUUGAGCAGAUCCACUACCUGGAGGAUCGCUCGCGCUACUCCCGACGUGAGGAAAUCGAUGAAAGCACCAAACAGGCUCCGGUGUUCACUACAUCACUGAAGAACGUUGAGAUCAAGGAGAACCAGAGGGCCCACUUCGAAUGCCGUCUGAUUCCCGUUUCUGAUCCGUCAAUGCGCGUGGAAUGGUACCAUAACAAUCUUCCACUUAAGUCCGGUUCUCGUUUCACUGAGACCAAUAACUUCGGCUUUGUGGCCUUGGAUAUAAUGUCCACUCUGCCCGAAGAUGCCGGCACUUAUACCUGCCGUGCCUACAACGCUGUGGGUGAGGCCAUCACCUCUGCUGUAGCUGUUGUGCACACCAAGAAGUCCAUCUACCUGGAGUCCCAGCACGAAACCGCUCUGCCACGUCUGCAGCACUUGGAGGAUGGCUCCAAGCGUCAGCGCAUCAGCGUCCAGGACGAAUUCGUGUCCCAGGCCCCCGUUUUUACCAUGCCGGUAAGGGAUGUCCGUGUGGCUGAAAACCAGGCGGUGCACUUUGAGGCACGCUUGAUUCCAGUGGGAGAUCCGAAAUUAAAGGUUGAGUGGUUGCGAAACGGUCAACCUAUUGAAGCCUCCAACCGCACUACCACCAUGCAUGAUUUUGGUUAUGUGGCGCUCAACAUGAAGUAUGUGAAUCCCGAGGACUCUGGAACCUACACCUGUCGGGCUGUCAACGACCUCGGCCAGGCGGUUACCUCUGCCUCGCUCAUUGUGCAAUCCAAGACUUCCAUUCAACUGGAGACCCAGCACGAGGCCGCUAUGCACAAGAUCCAUCAGCUGGAGGAUCACAGCAGGUACCAACGCAGGGAGGAGGAGGAGUACACGGUCACCACCGCCCCCGUAUUUGUCACCAAGCUGAUUGGACCCAGCAACCUGGUCGAGGGUCAAAGUGCCCACUACGAGUGCCGCAUCGAACCCUACCCAGAUCCCAACCUCAAGGUGGAGUGGUUCCACAAUGGAAAACCACUGAGCACUGGCCAUCGCUUCCGCACCACGUACGACUUUGGAUUUGCCGCCUUAGACAUCCUUACCGUCUAUGCUGAGGACAGCGGCGAGUACACUUGCCGAGUGACCAACAACCUGGGUGAAGCCAUCAACUCGAUUGUGCUUAACGUAACCUCACGCUCGUCCAUCAUUCAUGAGACUCAGCAUGAGGAGGCUCUGACCAAGAUCCAACAUCUGGAAGAUACUUCGCGAUUCCAGAGGAAAACCGACGAAGAGCAGUUCCAUGCCGAACGUCCGCAGUUCGGCCGCCCUCUGCGUAAUGCCAAGGUCAACGAGGGAACUCCCGUCCACCUGGAGGCCACCUUAAUUCCUGUAAAUGAUCCCACCAUGAAGGUGGAGUGGUACUGCAACGGUAGGCCCAUCCAGACUGGUCACCGUUUCAAGACCACCUACGAUUUUGGCUUCGUGGCGUUAGAUAUUCUGUAUGCCCAUGCCGAAGACACCGGCACCUACAUGUGCAAGGCCAAGAACGCUAUUGGAGAAGCUGUCACGACUUGUGCUGUAAACGUAACAGCAAACAAGACACUCGAUCUGGACACAUUGGAUGCUCAGCGUUUGGAGAAGAUUCGCCAACUGGAAACAUAUGCGCCUCCUCCCAAACCCGUCGUGGAGGAGAAGGGCCAGAAGCCCAUUUUCCUAACACCGCUAAGCAACCUAGAACACUUGAAGGAGGGCGAGCACGCCCACUUGGAGUGCCGAGUGGAACCGAUCAACGACCCCAACCUGAAGAUUGAGUGGUUCUGCAAUGGCAAGCAGCUGCCUACUGGUCAUCGUUACCGCACAACCCACGACUUCGGUUACGUCGCUUUGGACAUUCUUUACGUCUAUGGCGAGGACACCGGCACCUACAUUUGUAAGGCCACCAACCAGCUGGGUGAGGCCGUAAACACCUGCAAUGUGCGUGUACUGAACCGCCGCAGCAUGAUUCUGGAUACCCAGCAUCCCGAUGCUCUGGAAAAGAUUCAAAAGCUCGAGUCAAAGGUUCCGAAUGCCCGUACCGAGGUUGGAGACGCUCCGAUCAGUCCACCUCAUUUCACCGCCGAACUUCGCGGUUCCACCGAAAUCUAUGAGGGUCAGACCGCUCAUUUUGAGGCCCAGGUCGCUCCAGUCCACGAUCCUAACUUGCGCAUUGAGUUCUAUCACAAUGGCAAGCCUCUGCCGUCCGCAUCUCGUUUCCACAUCACCUUCGACUUUGGAUACGUGUCUUUGGAUAUUACUCAUGCUGUGGCCGAGGACGCCGGAGAGUAUUCCGUGCGUGCUGUUAACGCUUUGGGCCAGGCUGUGUCUUCCACAAAUCUGCGCGUUAUUCCGCGUGGUACCAUCAUUUCGGACACCCAACAUCCCGAGGGACUGGAGAAGAUCCGCAAGCUGGAAUCGACUGCGCCGCAUCAGCGCCAGGAGCCUGAAACCCCUGGCACUCGCCAGCGCCCAGUGUUCACUCAACCUCUUCAAAACAUCGACAGAAUCAAUGAACACCAGACAGCUCACUUCGAGGCACGCUUGAUCCCUGUGGGAGAUCCAAACCUGAAGGUGGAGUGGUACCGAAACGAAAAGAUCAUUGAAGAUAGCUCCCGUAUCACCAAGCAGCACGAUUUCGGUUUUGUGUCGCUCGAUAUCUCGCAUAUUCGCAAGGAGGAUGAGGGCGUGUACAUGUGCCGCGCCGUCAAUCCUCUGGGUGAGGCCGUAACCACCGCCUCCAUGCGUGUGGUAUCCGAGGCCAGCAUCCAAAUGGAUACUCAGCAUCCGGACAGUAUCAGUCGCAUCCAUCAACUGGAGAAACCACUGGCACCACGCCCCACCGAACCAGAGCGCCUGUUUGAGAAGCCCAUCUUCACUCAACUGCUCACUGGACCAUCGGAGCUGUGGGAGGGUGCUCAUGCACACUUCGAAGCACGAGUUGUGCCUGUGGGAGAUCCCUCGCUGAAGUUUGAGUGGUUCAUCAAUGGCGUGGAGCUUCAAAUGGGCUCUCGCCUGCGCACCACGCACGACUUUGGUUUUGUCACCUUGGACAUUACUGCAGUGGUGCCAGAGGAUGCCGGUGUCUACAUGUGCCGUGCUUAUAACGCCGCUGGUGAGGCUGUAUCUUCUACAGCCAUGAAGGUUAAGACCAAGUCCAAUAUUGAUGGUCAGCCUUUGAUCCCGGAGUCUUGGGAGGCGAUUCGCCUUAAGGAGGCUGCCAUGAAUCGUGUACCAGAGAUGUUUGUUGACUCGACGCCCCAACAGGCUCCGGUCUUCACAACCCAUUUGCAGAGCUACGACAAGCUGCACGAGGGUCAGCACGUCCUCUUGGAAGCUCAAGUGGAACCACGCGCGGAUCCUAACCUCCGCAUUGAAUGGUUUAAGAAUGGCAUUUCUCUAACCACUGGCUCCCGAAUUCGCAGUACUUUUGACUUUGGACUGGUUACACUAUCCGUCAAUGGAUUGCGUGCUGAUGACUCUGCUAUUUACACCUGCAAGGCCACCAACCAAGUUGGCGAAGCUGUGUCGACCUCAUCCCUUAAGAUCGAAGAUCGCCACUGGCUUCAGGCCGAGUCUUUGCAUCCAGAUUCGUUGCCUCGCAUUGGAGAGCUUGAGGCGCCCAAAGAGGGACGACCAGAGGCACCAGAGCCAACUUACGAGACUCCUGUGUUUAUUACUCAUCUUAACAACAUUGAGUGCAAGGAGAGCGACAAUGUGCGCUUCGAGUGCAACGUGGAGCCGGCUCGUGAUCCAACCAUGUCCAUCGAGUGGUUCUACAAUGGACAACCGCUGCAGGCCGCUGCCAAAUUUAAGUCCAUCUACGACUUUGGCUACUGCGCUUUGGAUCUGACCAACUCUUAUGCUGAGAACAGUGGUAUCUACACCUGCAAGGCUACCAACAGCAAGGGAUCUGCCACCACCUCUGGCACUCUUAAGUGCACUGGUGGCAAGACCAUGUUCCUAGACACCCAGCAUCCGCAGGGAGAGGCUGGUCUCGAAGCUGUUCAGGAAACCGAGGAGGAGCUGGCCAAUCGCUACACCAGCAAAACGACAAAGCCCGAGACACAGUAUCCACCACCAGUUUGGACAAAGCCACUGCAGGCUGAGUUCCAUUUGUCGGAGGCUCAACCCAUCCAUUUGGAGGCCAACGUGGAGCCCAAGGAGGAUCCCAACCUGUUCAUCGAGUGGUACUUUAACGGCAAAAUGCUGAACCAUGGUUCUCGUUUCAAGAUGACCAGUGAAUUUGGUUUUGUGACCAUGGAUAUGAUCGAGGUUUAUGCGCGCGAUCAGGGUAUCUACACUUGCAAAGCAUAUAACAAGGCUGGAGAGGCCUUUACCUCUACCACCAUCUUCUGUUCAAGCAAGGAGAACAUUAUCGAAUCAACUCAGCACCCGAAGGGCGCCGAAGGUCUUGAGCAAAUCCAGGACCUUGAGGACUCCCUCCGCAAGGACGGCUCUAAGCCAGAACAGCCCGAUCUCGGCAUCCCACCACGCUUCACCACUGAAUUUGUUAAUAUUGCAGACAUUGGUGAGGGUGAAUUGGCGCACUUCGAGGCUAAUCUCAUCCCUGUGGGCGACCAGAGCAUGGUCAUAGAAUGGUUCUACAACGGCAAGGUUCUGGAAGCCAGCCAUCGCGUGCGUACCAUCUACGCUUUUGGCACUGUUGCCCUAGAGGUUCUUGGCACCAAGAUCGAGGACACCGGCACCUACACUUGCCGCGCGACCAACAAGCAUGGAACUGCUGAGAUAAGCUGCAGCCUAGAGUGCGUGGACAAACCGAGGGGCCAAAAGCCGCGCUUCACGUCCCACAUCCAGCCGCUGGAGGGCCUGAAGGACGGACAGUCCGCUCACUUCGAGUGCACUCUGAUCCCAGUCAACGAUCCGGAGCUGAAGGUGGAGUGGUAUCACAAUGGCAAGCUGAUGCGUCACUCCAACCGCAUCAAGACGGUGUCCGAUUUUGGAUACGUCGUUUUGGAUAUUUCCUAUCUGCAGGAUCAUGACAGUGGAGAGUACGUGUGCAGAGCCUGGAACAAGUAUGGUGAGGACUUUACCCGUACCACCCUCAAUUGUGGAGGCCGUGGCGGAGUGUUCUAUGAUAGCUUGCAGCCGGAUUCACUGCAGAGGAUCAGGGAACUCGAGUGCCCACAAGGACAACAGGCAGAUACUUCCGCUCCUCUGGUCGCUGAACCACCCAAGUUCAUCACCCAAAUCGUUGAUGUCACCAAGCUGGUGGAGGGACAAUCCGCUCAUUUCGAGGCACGUUUGACUCCAAUCACAGAUCCUGAUUUGGUGGUGGAAUGGUACUUUAACGGAAAGAAACUACCCCAUGGUCACCGCUUCCGCACCUUCCACGACUUCGGCAUUGUUAUACUGGACAUUCUGUACUGCUACGAAGAGAACUCUGGUGUAUACGAGGCUAGGGCCUAUAACAAGUACGGAGAGGACGUUACGAGGGCUUCGCUCAAGUGCGCCUCGAAGGCAAGCCUCAUUUUGGACUCGCAGCUGCCGCGAGGAAUGGAAGGCGGUUUGGAGAAGAUCGCUAACCUGGAGUACAGCAUGGUCCGCACUCGCGAAGAAACCACCGAAGAGACCAAGGGCAAGGCUCCCGUCUUUACUGUACCGCUGGAAAACAUCGAAAAUCUGCGCGAGGGUGAAAAUGCCCACUUUGAGGCUAGGAUUACCCCGGCCGAUGACCCCAAACUGAAGGUCGAGUGGUACUGGAACGGUCGUCCAUUGAAGGCCGGUUCUCGUUUCCGUACUUUCUGCGACUUUGGCUUUGUCAUUCUGGAGAUUUCUCCCGUGUAUCCCGAGGACUCCGGCGAGUACUCUUGCCGCGCAAUCAACGAGUAUGGUGAGGCGGUGACCACUGCCACCAUGAAGAUCCAGGGUAAGCGCAGCAUCAUCAUGGAAUCUCAGCUGCCCAAGGGCAUGGAGGGAACUAUCGAUCGCAUCGCCGAACUGGAGGGCUUGGGCUCCCGCAGCACCGAGUUUGUACCGGAUGAUGAUACUGGCAAGCCACCAGAGUUUAUCACCUCUCCCUUCGAUAUGGUUAUUGGCGAGAACGCCCUGGCUCACUUCGAAUGCCGUCUCCAGCCGAUCAACGAUCCAUCGAUGCGUGUGGAUUGGUUCCACAAUGGCAAGGCCUUGUGGGCUGGUUCCCGUAUCAAGACCAUCAAUGAUUUUGGCUUCGUAAUUCUCGAAAUCGCUGGUUGCUAUCAACGCGAUUCGGGAUUGUACACUUGCAAGGCCACAAACAAGCAUGGUGAGGCCACAGUCUCUUGCAAAUUGCAGGUCAAGGGUCGCCAGGGCAUCGUUAUGGAGCCCCAGUUGCCCUCUAACUUCCGCACCGGCACUGAGAGUCUGCAGAAACUGGAGGAGACCAUGCAUAAGCGCGAGGAGCUUGUGACUGAAGACGAGCAGCCUAACCCACCUAAAUUCACCGAGGACAUUAAGGACAAUUUGGAUGUUCCCGAGGGUGGUCCAAUCCACUUUGACUGCCGUGUGGAGCCGGUCGGCGAUCCAACCAUGCGCAUUGAGUGGUUCUACAAUGGUCAUGUUAUGGCUACCGGAUCUAGGGUCCAUCAGCUCAACGACUUUGGCUUUAUUGCUUUGGAUGUGGACUACAUCUAUGCUAGGGAUUCAGGCGAGUAUACUUGUCGCGCAACCAACAAGUGGGGCACUGCCACCACCAGCGCAAAGGUCACUUGCAAGGGAAAGCACAAUAUUGUGUACGAGUCGCAGUUGCCAGAGGGCAUGACCUCCGAAAAGUUAAAGGAGCUGGAGCGAGGACGCAUCCCAGAAGCGCCCAAGGUGGUUGAGGAGCAGUUUGGACCACCAAAGUUCACCACACAGAUCACUUCUGUGACUGUCGAUGAAGCCGAAGCCGUGCGAUUUGAGUGCCAGGUGGAACCCAAGACGGAUCCCAGCCUGCGCGUGGAAUGGUACCGAAAUGGCAAGCCAUUGCCUUCCGGACACCGGUAUAGAAAUAUCUUUGACAUGGGCUUUGUUUCCCUGGAUAUUCUGUACGUCUAUGGAGAGGACUCUGGAGAGUACGUGUGCCGUGCAAUUAACAACCACGGCGAGGAUCGCACCAGAGCCACAGUGUCCUGCAAGAAACUUCCUACCAUCUUACUUCAGAACCAAGUGCCUCGUGGCAUGAAGCGUUCAGAUGCUCUCACCCAAAUGGAAGCUACCAUCAAGAAAUAUACAUCCGAAGUCCAUUUGACAGAGGAUGAUCUAUUCGAUCCCGAUCGCAAGCAACCUCCUCGCUUUGUCACGCAGAUUAAGGAGCAGCUUACUCUUACCGAGAUGGCAGUCACCAAAUUCGAAUGCCAGUUGGCUCCAGUGGGAGAUCCCAACAUGAAGGUUGAGUGGUUCUUCAAUGGCAAGCCAUUGCUGCACAAGAAUCGCUUCCAGCCCAUUUACGAUUUUGGUUAUGUGGCAAUGAACUUUGGCUGGGUUUAUCCCGAAGACAGUGGAGAGUACGUAUGCCGUGCCACCAACUUGUAUGGCAAGGACGAGACCCGUGCCUUCAUAAAGGUUUCUGGAAAGCCAGGAAUUGUCUACGAUUCCCAGCUGCCCGCUCACAUGCAGAGCAUUGACCGCAUCCGCGAAAUGGAAGCCUCAUGGCAGGUGGUGCCCGAUGAGGUUGAUCCCGAUGCCAAGCCCAGAACCAAGCCUGUCUUUGUGAGCAAACUGGAGCCUCAGACUGUGGAGGAGGGUGAUCCAGCUAGAUUCUGUGUUCGUGUCACUGGCCACCCACGUCCGAGGGUUAUGUGGCUGAUCAACGGCCACACUGUUGUCCAUGGCUCUCGUUACAAGCUGACCAACGAUGGUAUGUUCCAUCUGGAUGUACCGAAGACACGUCAAUACGAUACUGGAAAGGUAGAGGUGAUUGCUCGCAACUCUGUGGGCGAAUCGAUUGCUACCACUGAACUCAAGGUUGUUGCACGAUCGGACGAUUAUCGUAACGUGCUGAAGAAUUCGCCACGUCCCUGGUACGAUUACGAACUAGCUGCCUAUCAGAAGGAGCGACAGGAAAACGAGUUGGAAAAGGUAUUCGAUGAGCGUAAGCAGGUCCUUUCCGAACAGAGCACACACACCUUGAAGGGCGUGGAGCACCUGAAGCCCAAGCAAUACAAGCCAACCACUCCAGACUGGCAGCAAAAUGUCAAGGCCAAGAAGAGCGAGGAUUACUACAACAAGCUGCAGACUCUGGAAACUGAGCAGCUGCUGAAGGAGACCAACCUGCGAAGGGAUACCCAUCAGUACGCCAUUCCCGGAGAGAAGGUCGUGAGCAGUUCCCAGGCCAAGGGAAUGGCUCAGUCUUAUGAAGAAAAUCUUCAAGAGAAAACCAGCACUACUCAAGUGCAGGCUGCGCCACCCAAGGGUACUGCCCAACCAUCCGAAUCAUCCGUCCAUGGUCGCGAGGUUCAUAUGAACAAGCAGCAGCAGGUGCAGAAGGAGAUCCAGGGUGACCUUGAGAUUACCCGCAAGAUAACCGCCACCGAAACAACCGAGGUUGAGCAUAAGGGAACCAUUCAGGAGCGUGUCGUUCAGGGACCCGUGAAACCGUCCAAGGCUCCGGUCUUCACCAAGAAGAUCCAGCCGUGCCGCGUCUUUGAGAACGAGCAGGCCAAAUUUGAAGUGGAAUUCGACGGAGAGCCCAAUCCAACAGUUAAAUGGUACCGUGAGAGUUUCCCCAUUCAGAACUCUCCGGAUCUGCAGAUCCACACCUUUAGCGGCAAGUCGAUUCUGAUUAUCCGCCAGGUGUUCGUCGAGGACUCCGCGGUCUUCUCGUGUGUUGCCGAAAACCGUGGAGGCACUGCAAAGUGCAGUGCCAAUCUUGUGGUCGAGGAACGUCGUCGCGCCGGAAAGGGUGGCAUUCAGCCGCCUAGCUUUGUGACCACCAUUCAGAGCACCACGGUGGCCACCGGUCAGUUGGCUCGCUUCGAUGCCAAGGUUACGGGCACUCGGCCACUGGAUGUUUACUGGCUUAAGAAUGGCAUGAAGAUUCAGCCUAGCAUCAAGUUCAAGAUGCUGGAGGAGGACAGUGUUCACACUCUGCUUAUUAUCGAACCGUUCGCCGAGGAUUCCGGUCGCUAUGAGUGUGUGGCCGUCAAUGCCGCUGGAGAGGCCCGCUGCGAUGGUGACUGCAUUGUGCAGUCGCCCAGCAAACCGGAGAAACCAACAACUCCGGGCAGCGAGAAGGCACCACACAUUGUGGAGCAGCUAAAGAGCCAGUCCGUGGAGGAGGGAAGCAAGGUUAUCUUCCGCUGUCGAGUGGAUGGCAAGCCCACUCCCACCGCCCGCUGGAUGCGUGGCGAGAACUUUGUGAAACCAUCACGCUACUUCCAGAUGAGCCGGCAAGGCGAGUACUACCAGCUGGUCAUUUCGGAGGCCUUCCCCGAGGACGAGGGCACCUACAAGUGUGUGGCUGAGAACAAACUGGGCAGCAUUCAGACCAGCGCCCAGCUUAAGGUUCGCCCAAUCGAGAACCUAGACGCCCCGCCCACUAUCACAGCCCUUAAGGAUGUCUCCGUCACCGAGGGCAUGCCCGCUCAGUUUAAGACGACGGUGACCGGCAAAGUGAAAGCCACCAGUGUCCAAUGGUUCCGCGAGGGUCAGCUGAUUCCCGAAACCCCGGAUUUCCAGAUGAUCUUCGAUGGCAACAGCGCUGUACUCCUGAUUGGCACCACCUACGAGGAGGAUUCGGGCAUCUUUACUGUGCGCGUAACCUCGUCCACCGGCCAGGUCGAAUCCUCAGCCAAACUGACUGUUAAAAAACGACGCAUCUCGGCCUUUCAAUUGCGAACGAUUGAUUCCGCCGAGGAUGAGUCCUCUUCCUCUGGCCGGGAGGACAGUGCCCCCGAGUCGCCACACGCUUUCCAACCUGGCCAGCAACCCGGCCAGCAGUUUGGUCAAUUCCUGGGCGUCAACGGGCAGGGUCAGCAUCAGGGAAGGUCGCGGCAGAAGAAACCCAAGGUACGCAGCAAGUCCCUGCAGCCGGCUACAAAGGUGAUACCAUGGCGCAAGUCAUCGCGUCCCACUCGAGGACGUUCCCUGGAUAAGGGUGUCUUCCUGCCAGGCUUCAAGCCUGAGCCUGUUAAGUCUUGGACUGAGGAGACUAUUAGCCUAAAGGCUACGCCGAUUGAAAAGAAGAAGCCCGCACCAAAACUAGAGGCAGCUAAGGUUGUACUGAAGUCCAUCAAGACCGAACGUGAUCAGGGCAUCAUGAGUCUCGGCGCUACCCUGGAGCAGAUCAUUGCUGGAAAAACCGAGAAGGAAGCGAUUCCUUGGAUCACUAUGCGUGAAAAACUUAAGGCAGUCGAAAGUGUUCAGCAAGAGCUUAACAAAUUCGAUAUAGAUGAGGUCUAUCUGCAACCCCUUGAAGGCCAAAUUGAAACAGAAGGGCAGCUGCCACAGCAGGCUCAGGUGGAACAGGUGCAGCGCACCAAGGAAAUCCAGCGCCUGAAGAGCAUGGAAAGCGUUGAGAUUAUGGAGAUGACCGACCAGAUCGAUAAGCUGAUUACCCAGCAGCAAAACGCUAAAGAUCUCAUUCCCUGGAAGGAGAUGCGCCAGCAGCUUAAGAGUGUCCAACGGGUUACCAAGCAGAUCGACAAGUUCAAGAUUGAGGAAGUCGAGCUCCGUCACCUACAGGCUCAACAAGCCAUUACGGAGGAGUAUCAAACAGGAACAGCCGAGGAGACUGUCGUCAUGAUUGAUGAGAGCUCCAAGAGCUCGAUCUCUAAAGUAAUGCGUCGCGAUGAACUGCAGCAGUAUGAAGACCAGUCAAAUAUCUACAAGCAGCAGUUUAUCACCACUGAGGAUGUAAACAUUAUGCAUGUUUCGGAGCGCGAGAAGCUGGAAGCCCAGAGGUUGAUACGCGAACAGCAGGCUGUAAAUUGGCGCCAACAGCAACAGCGCCCUCAGUUGCAGCCCCUGACUUCAGUUGAGGAUACAGUAAUCUCUCAGACUUCCGAGAGACAAAAGUUGGUGCAACAGCAGAGCAUCAUCGAAGAGGCUCAGCGUCAGCAGUUUGUGCAGGUUGAGGACUCCCAGAUGAUGAGCCUGGAGCAGUAUGAGCACCAAAAGAUGAUAAACCAGCGCACCCAACAAGAAGCGUUUAGCUGGCGGCAGCCACGUGAACCCCAGAAGUUUAUUCAGGUGGAGGACUCCUCGCUGCUGCAUUUACAGGAACGUCAGGAUACGCAGGAACAGCAGCUGCUGCAACAACAGCCUGUAAUGUGGGAUCGUGGCAGAAAGAAGCCCGACCAACCGCAAUAUGUGCAGCCCCAGGCGGCGCCUGUUCAAGAAGAAUACGUGGAGAAGCCAAAAACGUAUGAGGAAAUGCACGACGAACUGGUUGAACCAACUCCGGUUCAACAACCUCAACCGGUACCAGUUAUGUGGGAGCGAGGCAAGAAGAAACCCCAACCCCUGGAGAAGACCUUCGAGGAGGCGCACGACGAGUUAGUUGAACCUACUCCUGUCCAGCAGCCGGAGCCCGUCCCAGUCAUGUGGGAACGCGGCAAGAAGAAGGUAGCUCAGCAGGAGUCUGUUUUAUCCCAGGAAAUGGUGCAAAGUUCUCAGGUAGUCGAACAGCAAAUCGUUGAGGAAACAAAGAAAACUGCCGUUAGACGAGUGAUUCCACCAAGAGAGCCAGAGCAGAAGGUGGAGCAGGUUACCUUGAAGCCAACACCCCGCCCACGUCCUAAGGAGGCUCUGAAGGCUGAGGAAAUCCAAUUGAAACCCUUGAAAAGCACCAGACCCGUACCACAACAAGCGGAGCCGGAACAGAAAGCCUAUGAAGAAGCCACGGAUGAGUUGCCUGAAGAACCACUACCUCAAGUACAGGAUCAACCGCAGCCUGUCAUGUGGGAGCGAGGCAAAAAGAAGCCCCAACAACCCACUGAGCAAGUGCCCGAGAUUCCGAAAACUCUUGAGGUUGCAGUCGACACGCUAGAGGAGGAAGUGCCUAAGCCAACAGAACCGCAACCACAACCUGUAUUGUGGGCGCGUGGCCAGAAGAAACCUCAAAAGGCUGAUGAGCAAAAGCCGGAGCUUCCAAAGAGUCUGGAGAUUGCCGUCGACACUAUAGAGGAGGAUCUUAUCAAGCCCGUUCAACCUGAGCCACAACCUGUUCUAUGGGAACGCGGCAAGAAGAAGAAACCGCAACCUCAAGACGUAGUUGAGAAGAUGGAUGAAGCUCCGACCAAGACAUACGAAGAAGCAGUCGAUGUUUUAUCCGAGGAACCUAAGGUGGAGGAGAAGGCAGAGCCUGUCUUAUGGCAGCGUGGUAAGAAGAAGAUUCCCAAGCCGGAGUCCAUUGAAGAAGUGCAUCCUGAUGAGGUAGAUGCCCAAAUAGAGAAGGUAGUUAGGGAAGAUGUAGUUAUUGUCGAAGAAAAACGCCGAAUCAAGAAAGCCAAAAAGCCUAGGUCCACGAAAGAAGUAUCCGAGGAGUUGUUUGAAGAACACCCGGAAGAGGAAAUAGCUCCAGAAGAGGAAGUGCCGCAGGAAGAAGUGAUUGAAGAACUUGAGGAGAUUGUUGAAGAAAAACGUAAACUCAAGAAAAUUAAAAAACCUAAGCUAAAACAGGAGGUGACCGAAGAGGAAAAACCUGAUGAAGAGGUAAUCGAAGAGUCUGAGGAAGUGGUUCAAGAACAGGAAGAGAUUGUUGAAGAAAAGAAAAAGGUCAAGAAGGUUAAGAAACCCAAGACUGUCGCGGAGAAAGAACUCGAAGAAGAAAUCCCAGUGGAGGAGACUGUUAAAGAGGUAGAAACUGCUGACGUUGUUGUCGAAGAGAGCAAACAGGUUAAAAAGGUAAAGAAACCAACUCGAACAGUUGAAAAGACUGAUGUUGAGGAUCUGCCAGUAGAGGAAGUUCCAAAAGAUGAGCCCGUCGAGGAGCAGGAGGAGAUCGUUGCCCAAGAAGAAAUCCAGGAGCAAAAGCGAAAGGUCAAAAUGGCAAAGAAGAUCAAGAAGUCUAUAGAAAAGACCGAAGUUGAAGAAGACCAACCAGAAGAGGAUACUCCCCAAGAAGAAGUAAUUGAGGAGCAGAAAGAAAUAAUAGAAACUGUUCCCGAAAAACCCAAAAAGCCUAAGCCAGCGCCCGAAGAGGAAAAGGUUGAGCAAGUCGAAAAGAUUUCACUGAAACCUGCGCCAAGAAAACAACGUCCUCUGCCCGAAAAAGAACAAGUGGAGGAGGUCGUGCUUAAGCCCGUGAAAAAGAUUGCUGCUGUCUCGGAACCAGAACAACCCGAAACACCUGAAACCGAAUUUGACGUGAAAGAGUUUGCCAUCACCACUCAAGAGGAUAUAGUGGAUGUAACAAAGAAGCGAGUUAAAAAGAAAAAGCCAAAAACCAAGGUUGCCGCCGAAGAAUCAACUGAAGAACCGGCUGAAGAAACUGAAGAGUUUGAAGAAGAUGAAACACAGCCGGAAGAAGUGCAACCAGUUGAGGAAGUUCCGGAGGAGCAACCAGUAGCGGAAGUUGUUGACGAACCAAAAACGGCACCCAAGCCGAAGCCCAGAAAAGAAGAAAUCAUCGAAAAGGUUGAAGAAGUUGCUCUUAAGCGUGUUACUCGGCCAAAGAAAGAGCUACCUCAAGAGGCGGCUAUCGAGGAAGUGCGAUUGAAGCCUACUCAACGCACUUCUAUCAAGCCCGAGGAAGUCAAACUAGAGGAAGUGGACUUGCAGCAUGUGGAGAAAAAAGAAGAUGAAAUCGUUCAGGAAGAGAAACGAAAGACCCGGAAGGUUAAGAAGCCGAAACACGAAGACCUGCCGGAAAUUCCCGAUGCUGAGCCAACGCAACUGGAAGAGGCUGAACACAUUGAUCUUGAGAAGCAGCCAAAGCCCGAAGAAGACCAGCCUCAGGUGCCAUGGAAGAGAGGUGAAAAGAAACAGCCUGUUGAGGAAGUCAUGGAGGAAAAGAAAUGGCCAUCUGGCAAACGCCGUCCACUGCCUGAACAGCAGCCGGAGGAAGUUCAAUUAAAGCCAAUUCCAUCUAAGCCAAUUGAAGAACCGAAAAAGCCAGAAAAGGCCAUACCUGGCCCGAAACUUGUGCCAGAAGAAAAACCGGAAAGCGAAGAGGAGGAACUGGAACUUGAACCGCUUAAGCUGCCUGAAGAUAAGCAGGUAAAAGAGCCUAAGGCUAAGAAGGAGAAGAAGAAGAAGCCCAAGCUGAAGAAGGCCACACCAUCCGUAGAUGAGGUGUCCGAGGAAGUGGCUGAGCCCUUCGACGAGCCGAUUGCGGAGGAAGAUGAAGUGGAAGAGAUGCCAGUGGACGAUGUCAAGGUCGUAGCAGUGUCGGAAGAUGUGCUGCCUGAAGAGGAAGUUGUGCCCACAGAGGAGACUCCUGAGGCAAAGCAGAAGGCGCACAAGAAGCGCACGAAGCGACUAAAGGAGGCCUCCGUGGAAGGUCAACCUCAGCUGCUGGAAGCGGCCAUUGCUGAAAUCGAAAAGGUGGAUGAAAUAUCCCAGGAGAUCUCACAAAAGACUAUUACCCUACUCAAGAAGACUGAAGACACAAGACCUCAAUUCAUAACGACUGAACAGCUUAUUGAGCUGGAUGUGGAGGACGUACGACGCGACCUGGAAAUGAAGGUCACAUCGAACAUCAUUAAGAAGGAGAAGCGUCGAGUGGUGCUGGACGACAGUCAACCGUUGCCUGAGCUGGAGUUGAUUACUCAGAAACGAAUUCAAGAAGGCAUCGACAAGUUGGCCGAUGAGGAGCUCAUUGAGGACCAGCAGCUUACCCAAAACCAGCAGGAGACGACUACCUCUGAGGUAAUCGGUCAGGAGCGCAAGCUUGUCAAGAAGAAGAAGAAGGAGAUUAAGCCUCCCAGGAUCACCGAGAAAUUGCGCCCACGCCAAUGCGUUCCCGAGGAACCCACCGUGCUAGAGUGCAAAGUGGAAGGAGUUCCAUUCCCGGAAAUCAAAUGGUACUUCAACGAUAUUCUCCUUUUUGCCUCUGAGAAGUACGAGAUCACUGUCAUGGAGCAAGUGGCGAAGCUUAAGAUUGCCAAGGUUACUCCCAGUGAUGUCGGCGUCUACACAUGCGAGGCCAAGAACGAGGCUGGAGUGGCAACAAGUCGUACCAACAUUAUUUUAGAAAAAGAACAAGGAGUGCCCCCACAGUUUACAAAACCACUUAAGAUUGAGUUUACUGAGGAGAAGCAACCCGAGCGGCUUAAGGUUACGGUGACUUGUCAAGUGACAGGAAAGCCAAGUCCUCAGGUCAAAUGGUAUAGAGGAAUUGAAGAAGUUAUACCCAGCGAAACCGUUCAAAUGUUCUAUGACGAAAAAACCGGCGAUGUGGCUCUGGAGGUUAUCAACCCGACACCCAAUGAAGCAGUUGUCUACUCUGUGCAGGCGCAGAAUCAGUUUGGACGCGCCAUUGGCAAUGCGAAUAUCCUAAGUCGAGUCGAUGAAGUUCUCCGGGAGAUACUGAAGGCUCCUACCGUAACUCCACUGAAUGCUGUUGUUGUACCCACUGGUGGUACACUCUUCUUUGAAGCGAAAUACGAUGGCCUGCCUAGGCCGGAAAUAAAAUGGAUGCGCAAUGGUCGCGAGGUUAUCGAGAAUGAGGAGACCAUCAUAGAAACUACAGAGACAACCACCACAAUAAAAGUGGUCAAUAUGACUCGCAAACGUACUGGCAAAUAUGAAGUGUGGGCAAAGAACAAGGUGGGUGAAGCCAAGUCCUCUGGAUCAGUGGUGGUUUCAGAUCAAAAGCCCGACGAGCAAAUUAGGCCACCAAGGUUUAUUCAGCCCCUGGAGCCCAAAUACUUUGGCGAGCACGAAGUGGCCAUUAUCGAAGCGAUUGUGGACUCUGAGCCUUUAUCGUCCUUCCAAUGGUUUGUGCACAACGAGCCGAUUAAGAGUUCAAACGAAGUGCGUAUUGUUAGCCAGGCCAACAAGUCAACGUUGCUGAUUGAAAAUUUCCAAAGCAAGUUUGUUGGGCCUUUUACUUGCCGCGCCGAGAAUGUUGGUGGAUCGGUAACGUCAACAGCCACCGUUAACCUACUUGAAUCUUUGCCACAAGAGGUGGCCGAAGAAUUUGAGUCGCCGCGCUUUGUUGAGGAACUCAUUCAACCCGUGGAGGUUAUGGAUGGCGAGGCAUUGCUGCUGACCUGUCAAGUAACAGGAAAGCCCACUCCAAAGGUGGAGUGGUACCACAAUGCGGAGAAGAUCACUGAGAACAAGGAAACUACGAUAUCGCAAGACUUGCAAGGCGUUUGCCAGCUGCAGAUUACGGAAGUUUUCCCCGAAAACGAGGGCCAAUACGAGUGCGUGGCUACAAAUAAAAUUGGCAAGAGCGUUAGCAAGACAAACGUUAAAAUACAAGCAUUUGAAUAUAUCCCCGAUUCUGAAAUCACUGGACUCACAGGAUCUGAGGAGGAUCUACUAGAUAGAACCCUCUCAAUCGACGAACAAGCUCCGAAAAUUAUUAAAAAACUACCGGAGAAAAUCGAGCCAAAAGAAGGCGAGCAAGCGAAGCUGGAGGUUAAGGUCGUUGGAAAACCGAAACCGAAGGUCAAAUGGCUGCGAGACGACGAGCAGAUAUUCGCCUCCGAGGAAUAUCAGAUCGAAAAUUUCGAAGACGGCACCUCAGUGUUGGUCAUUAACCACGUUUAUCCCGAUGAUUUGGGUACAAUUAGUUUCGAGGCAUACAAUCCACUCGGUGUGGCAGUGACUACGGCGCUCUUUGCGGUCGAAGGCAUCGUUGGUUCGAAGGAUUACCGCAAGCCGGAAUGGGUGUCUCAAAUGGAGGAGAUGCAGGUGGCUCUCAAAGAAACAGCAACCACUAAAGUGAAAAAACAAUUCAAAAACCAAGAACCAGAACAUGUGCAAAAUGUAGAACAACAACAAGAACAAGUGGAAAUUCAGGCUCAGACUAAACAAAUUGUGCAAAUGAACACUAAAAUCAAAAAGCAUAGAAAACACAUACGACAAGAACAGGAUGUUUCGGAGUCAACAAUUCAAUUCGAACAAAAAGAAAGACUGGCUCACGAAACUAGCGCGGGUUCACCACAGGCAGAAACUCUUGAGCAAAUUGAAGAGUCUCUCCCCACAUACGAAACACUACCCAUACAAAAUCUUUCUACAGACACUCUUGAAACCGUUGCAGUUGCAGUCACCACAGAACUUUCUACUCCAAGCCCAAUUGCGGCUCGGGUACAGGAGGAUUUAUUACCUCAAAAGGUAUUGGCCAUCAAAGAGGAGGUUUUACCACUCGAUGAGUUUGGCUUGCGAAAAGAAUCUCCCAGACCCGAAGAAAACAAGCUUACCGAAAAUAUGGAAGUAAGGCUAAAGCAUGCUCUUAAUGUGUCACAAGCAAAGACGGCUGAGUCUCCAAGGGAAUUGCCUUCCAAAAUACCGAAAUCCGUUAAAGCUCAGCGGAAGAUGAGAGAGUCACGUUCUUUGGUAGUUGAAGCUCUGAACGCCGAAGAAGCAAUCGAGGAUCUAAAGCAACUGAAGGCCGUUUCACAAAAGGUACAUGGCGACAUAUUAUUUUCUCAUGAGAUAACCGAGGAACAGCCCCAUGCACUGGAGACCAUUGAGAAGCUAAAGCCCACCACUGCCAUUGAGGACACCGUUCAGCAGAAACUACUGAACCAGGACGAGCUUAUUAUCGCGGAGGUCAUAGCCUCCGAAACUGUGGGAAGGGGUGUCACUGAUGUUAGGCCACCGGGUGAAAACAUUUCCCCUCGAGUUACCCCCAACUUGAGCCUUUGCAUUACCGAGUGCCAACCAGAGGAUUCUUUAGGAGAGAUGCAUCAAGCUGCUAAGGGUCGUCUGGAGACAUCUUCGACGUCGGUAACUGAAUCCAAAGCAGUUGGUGGACAGGAACUUGACGUUUUUGAGAGCGUCGACCAUAUCCCAUUUAUAACUCAGCCGACCAAGGGCUUGGCUAAUUCUACCAUUAAAGCCGAGGAUGUUUCAGUUCAGGUGCAAGAAAUUACAACAUUUGAGAGUUUGGAAAGAGAAGCGGUUACCCAGAAACGGGCUGCCGAAAGUAAUGCAAUGGAAUUGUUCGAGUUAGCUGAGGGUUUAGUCAGUAUCACCGCAGAUUCGCAUAGUCCAAUAGCCGAGGAUUUGCCUAUUUUUGAGAAAGCUGUAAAAGAAGCCACUAUAGAUAUGCAAACGCAGCACCACGUCACAACUCUCGAGACUGUUUCAAAUGAAAAUGCAGUAAAUGACUUAAAAGCUGGUGAUAUUCCGAAAAUGGCUGAGGGCACGUUGGGGCAAUCUAAUGCGUUAACUAUUGGGGAAACGCAACAGAUGAACUUUGUAGAAACGGCAGUUGAACUCAUCGAACCAAAUGUUGAAUCAACAAAACCAGCUAAGGGCGCAUUAACAGAGGCAUAUGGCACCGCCGAGAGUAACGAAGAAACCCUCCUCGAAUCACUCGGUUUGGUACCAGACGACAACCGCAAGAUUGCACAAGGGAAAGUGAAUAUUAGUGAAGGGGAGUAUGUGGCAAAAGUUCAGACCACGACAGUGACUGACACAGAGGAAGAAAUUAUUUCCGUAGCUCCAAAACUCGUGGAUGCCAAAUUCGAUUUCAUUGAGCAAUCUGCGUUGGAGAUUAAACAGAACACAAUAGCGGAAAAGGAGGAGAAUCUAUUUUCCGAUAAAGAACUGUCACCACAAUUAGCUAUUACAAAUAUGUUCCCUGCAGAGCUUAAGGUUACAAGCAUAUACGAAGUUCAACUAGGAGUGACAUCGAGUGAUAUUAUCACGGAGGAAACGAAGCCUGCAUCUGCAAAUCAAGUCUUUGAGACGAUGUCGAUUGGAGUUGCUAGCAAGCCAGAUAUGUUAGAGAGUAUUAGUCACAUUGAUGCCUUUCAACAUCCUGAGCUCAAAACGGGGGCCACAAUUCUGGAUGAAAACCAACAACCUUUGGAAGUAACCAACGUGCAUAUAUCCGAGACAAGUACGGAUAUUACUGAUGUCUUUCCUAUUCAAAAGCUUACCAAUGCCGAAGCUGUCACCGAUACGUUUAAAUAUGCUGAGGGCUUAAUUGUAAUUUCGAUCGAGUCGACAAGCGACAAAGCCGAAGACACCAAACCGACGGCGGUAAUUGCAGAUAUAAGCAUGCAACAACAAUUUGGAACAGUUGUUAGAGAACAGGAGCCCCUAGAAAGCACUGAAACUCACAAGGAGGAUCUAAAGCCUCAGAUGCAAACAACAGAAAGCGAGUUUGGUUUGCUGCAAUCUCUGGAAACCAGCUCAUGUGUAACUUUAGAGGGAGAAAGCAUUCUAUCAGUUAAAGAGCCCCAUCCUAUUCAAAGCGCGGCUAUUGGAACCUCGUCAGCUCUGCAAGUGGCUAACAUUAUGAGGCCCCAGCACAUGGAAACUUUGGAGGGGCUAGAUGAACAGAAGGUGCCUUUGUAUCAGGCAGAUAUUAAUAUUGGGGAAAUCACUUUACCAAACGUUGAAAAAAUCGCUUCGUUUGAUGUCCUAAGCGAUUUGCAUACACCAGGUUACACAAAAUCAUCUGUAAGUGGAGUACAGUUAAUUGAAAGCACAACAUCUUUAAAAACGACAACAGCGGUUGUAAGUGAAAGAACAGAAGAAUUAAAGGACCUAAAGCUUUUCCAGCCAGUACAUAUUAAGCCUAGGCCUUAUGAGUCUGAACAGAAAAUCUCUGCUUCCGAGGAGACAAAUGUUCUAGAACAUGUUUCGAGCUUUAACACGGAAUUACCCACAUUGGAAACAAUUCAAACUUCAAUUAAAAGUUUGCACGAGAUAAACGUCAGAGAGACAGAUAUUUUAGAGAAAGAGGAAUCCCUUAAAGAUAUUGCUCAAAUAAGUGGCCAUCUGGUUAAAAUUGUAUUGGACUCCACGGCGGGCAUCGCACAAGUUCGACAAGAAGAAACACUAGAGCAAGAGGAGGAUCUUAAAGUUCCCUCAUUACUAUCGGAAAAGGCAAUACCUGCUUCUUCAGAGUUACUUCGGUUGCCUUUAACUGAAUACGUGCAAGCACAACAAGGUAUCGGUGAUAUGGUGGACUUCAAAAUUUCAAACAAAUGUGCAUCUCCUAAAAUUGAUCAUUUAUAUGAAACAAAGUCAUCUGAAACGAUUGUGUACGACUCCUCUACAAAAUCAGUUGAUUCUUCGUUCCCAGCUGGCAUAGUGCCUCAAAAAUCUCUGGUUCCCUAUCGGCAUACAAUGAUGGCAGAAAACAUUGCUUUUGAUGCAUCAGAAAAUUUGGAAAUCUUAUCUGCCGAUCAACAAAUCGCAACAAAUGUGCAGGACAGGCUAAGUCAAUCGAUAAUCGCAGAGGAUCAAAGUACCUUCGAGUCAGAACAAAAUCUGGGUCUCGAAACUACCCCCACCCAAAAAGCCAAACUUUUAAAAGAUGAUCGAAAUGUCCAUGCAACACUCGUGGACGAAGCCACAGUAUAUGAAGCCAUGGGACAGGAACAAAAAGUAGAUAAAUAUAACAUACAGCAAGCGGAGAUCUCUCAAGAUCUACCUCAUGUUUAUUUAACUGAUCUGCAACAAGCUUUUGAAGCAGAAAAAGAACUAAAAAGCCGUAAGCAAUCUUAUGUAGCAGCAACAACAGAUAUUAUUCCAUCGCGGCUUGGUUUAGCCAUGACUACAAAGACGCACCCUGCUGAAGGAACUGAUGUUCUGUUAAGUUUGCCUCCAAACGCAACACUUGCGCAGACAAACUAUGAAGAAACAAAACAUGAAGUACAUGUCAGCGAAACCCAAGCGAUGGAGAAAUCCGAAGAACUUACAGAUGCACGUUUGCUUCCUAUAUCCGCUGUCGAGUCGAUUGACAUUAUGUUCAAGGUGAUAUCAGAUUCUCAUCAACCACCAGUUUUCCAUAAGGAGUUAUCAAUAACGACUGCAUCUCCUUUGGAGGCCAAAGCAAAAUCAUCUUUGAAUCUACUUCAAGGCGCCACCACACUCGAUGUUAUUCCCUUAGAAUCAUCCGUACAUAUUAAGGAUACUCAUUUCGCUGUGCAAAAGGCGCAAGAGGAAUAUGUCACUCAGGUGGAGUCAAAUAAAGUUCAAGUUCAAUUGGAUAACCUAGUUAUGCAUAAGGAAGAUAUUUUUGAAAAAGCCGAAAUGGAGAAUAUUGCUAAACCAAUUACUGAAGGCACGCAGCAGGAAACAGUUGUUACUGAAGUGGUGCCAAUAGAUAAUGUGGGUGGUAUUCAUUCAGCCCCAGAGCCGUCUACAUUUUUAGCCACCUUCACAUCUACCGAUACAAUCAAACAAUCGCACAUUAUAGAUGCACAAGUUCCUUUAGAAAUGGAAGGUGAAGUUAAAGCUGUAUACGACAACAUUGCUCAAGCCAAGGUCAAAUCAGCUGAUGUCCAAGUACAUACAAACGUGUCUGAAGUCAAUGCUUACGAACAAACUAAAGCUAUUCAAGAUCAAAACAAGGAAGGCUUAUUUGUUACAGUAUCAACGGAUUCCGAUAUAAGCAAUGCCCAUUUGACAACAAUACACUCGACAUUCGUAAAAGAGGACAUCCUACCCAAACCUAACAUUCUUCAGGAUACAGCUGAAGCUGCUAAUGUUGAACUUCAAUCUUUGGUAACCGAGGAAGUUGUAAGCGUAAGGUCUAUCCAAGAAACAUAUGAACUUCAAAUUCCAAUGGAAGAAACAGCUAACGUUACUCAGCAAACUCCACAAAACUCAGUAAAUGUUUGUCAGCAACUUGCUUAUGAACAAACUCCUGAUAUAGCGUUUGAGCCGCACGUAUUAACGCGUGCAACCUCUAGCUCUGUAAAGACAGAUCUUGAGCCAACCGAAAACGAAACCGUUUAUAUUUAUGAAAACAUUGAAGGGCAUGGUGAUUUUAUGCCGGAUACCGCAAACCUCACUUCAAAUUUGGAAUCAGAAUUGGUAGUUUCGAUAGUGGAAGAGGUGACUUCGGUACCAUCUUUGGGUAGCCUUGCAACGGUCGAACCCCAAGAGCUAAAAUCAGUGUCAGUUACAAAAUUAUCCAAAAACUUGACGUACACCGAGGAAAUUGCCUUUAAAGGUUUUAGCCCACAUGCACAGGUUACUGAAGAAGAAGAUAAAUUAAUUAACACUCAGGGAGAAGCAGAAGAAUACUUUGAAAAUAAAACUUCAGUCACAACAGAACAACCCACCAAGUGUAUUGCAGCAUCCAGUCAGAUUUGUACAAAGCCAACCAUAACAGAAGGAACCUUAGAAAAUGCUUUACAAACAUCACAAUUUGCAUCAGAGUCGAUUCUGGAAAUUUCACCACUGAUUUCCCAAAAUGCACACUUUGAAACAAGAACACACGAAGAAGCAUAUUCAAUGACCACUGAGUUACAAGCACCAAAACACGCUUUAGGAGAUGACAUUGAUAGUACUCAAAAGAAAAUAAUGCAGGAUGUUCAAAAGUUUAAAAAUUUUGCGACAGACCAAAUGGUAAAAGUCGAAAAGGUGGAUAAACCAAAGGCCGAUAACACAGAAACGGAACACCCAGUUUACAUUACGACAUUUAAGUCUGUACAACACGAAGAUGGAGAAACAACCAUACAAACUGAAAACAAGCGAAUUUCUCAGGAGGAAGGCAUCGUUGUUGAGGAAGUCCUCAGCGAUACAGAACUCAUUCCAGAAGACAAAACACAAUUACACCUUGAAAUAACCGAAGUCAGCGAACCAACAGACCAAUACUACAAAGAGUACACUAUCACUGAACCUGAAGAGGCAAGUGCAGACGCCAUACAAAAACCAACUAAAGACAAUACACCAAAACAGAAAAAGACACUAGAAACUCCAAUUGAGGAAGUUGACGAAACUGUUAUAGUUGAAGAGGGUACAGGGGAACAGACUAACCAGACUACGAAACGAAAACCAAAAAAGGUUAAGGGUAACGUACAGGUAGAGGUUGUUGAUGAGAAACCAAGUGAAAAGAAGGAAAAGGCAAAGAAAAAGAAAGUGGUCAAAACAAAACGAGAUGAAAUGGAUGACUACAUACAAUUUCUCAUACACCAAGAAAUCCCAAAGACUGUUAUUCAACCGUAUCGUCGCACCGAAAUGGAACUUCCUCAAAGAGCACGUCGUGACUCAUCCUUUAAACAGCCAGUCAAGCUUACUCCAAUGAAAAUUGAGAAAGUCGAGAUUAAAAAACCCAAAAUGGUUGAAAUAAGUUCGGUAGUGGAAUUCCCACAAAUGCUCAAACUUAAAGCCCCUAAACAACGUCCACAGGAAGAGAAAAAGAAGAAGAAUGAAGCUUCAUUCAAAAACAAAAAAUUGAAGAGUUGGAUCAGAUUUGUACCAUAUGCGCCAUACUGUUUCCCAUAUGUAGUUACUGAAUUAGACACUAUCCGCGAAGUAGGAGAACUUUCACGAAAUGUUGCCGAAGCAGAAGAGGUAUUGAAAUUGCGUCCAAGGAAAUUUAAGCAUUCAAAGCCCGAAAAGGCUGAACUUGAAGAAGCCGAUCUAGAGGCAUUUGAAUCUGAUCAUUCCGAAAAAUCUAACAAGGAACUAUUACACCCGAAAUACAAACGCUCCAAAAAGCAAAAGAGCGAAACUCCGGAUGAAUCAAGGAAACUUAAGCUUGGAAAGGGUAAAAUUCCACAAAAUGAGGAAGCAUCUGAGGAAGUUAAUUUGAAACCAGUUAAGCCUGAUAUCGCAGAGAUUACAGAUGGUGGAAAGCCUGUUAAGUCACAGGAAAAUGAAGUUGUCGAGAAGAAGAAGACCAAAAAGAGCACCAGGCUUGAAGAAGGACUUCAACUGGAACCCAUUGAAUUUAAAGAGAUGGAGGGAACCUCUGAGAUCACAGAAGAAUCCGACACAUCUAUGUCUGUAGAUACUACCACACAGGAGAAACCUAUAUAUAAAAAGAAAAAGAAGGUGACUCCUAGUACAAAGGGAAACCAGUUCGAAAUAUUACCAGGGGAACCAAGGGAACUUGAAGAAAGCCCAGAAGAUGACCUUAAUCUGCGCAAAAGACAAGGUGAAAGGCCUGAUAAUGAAAUGACAGAUAUCAAGCUCAAACCAUAUUAUAAGUUCAAAGUGCUUGAUCUGGAACCUGAAGGCGACCAAGCUGAAACAGUACCUUUUAUUGAAUUAAUAGCAAAAGAACCCAAGAAAAAACGAAAGAUAAAGGUUAAGACGGAACAAGAAGAUAACACCAUUGAAAUCGUACCACUUUCUCCUGUGGAUAAGGAUGAACCAAUCUUUGAAAUUACAGUCACAAGCUCAGAAACUCCUCAAGAGGACGCAAAAUCCAACAAAAUUGCUAAGAAAAAGGUAAAGCGCAUGAAUAAACAGGAAUUGGAUGAUUUUGUUACACAGUUACAAGAGGAGCCAAAUCAGAAGGUCUAUGAGACUAGCAUGUCUGAUUUCUAUGAGGUAAAGUUGACCGAAUUGCCGUCAGAGUCGGACGAAGAUAAGCCUAAGAAACGCAGGUUAAAACAUGAAAAGGGCGAUGAAGUGCAAGUUUUGGAAAUUGUUGAAGGCCUGGUGGCUCUCGGUGAAGAGCCUUUCUAUGAAAUAACUGUAAUAUCUAGUGAAAAUACUGGAGAAGAAAGUGAAGAGAUAUCAACUGAUAAGAUCAAAAAGAAAUCUAGGAAAAUUAAAAAGGAUGAGCUCGAUGCCUAUAUACAGCAGUUGAUCAAUGCCGAAAUCCCAGUAACAGAACUAGAAAAAUAUGAAAAAAUCGAUGUAGAUGGUAAGGCGAAAAAACCUAAAAAGCAAAAGCCAAAGCCAAAGAAAGCAUUGAUUGAUGAAGGCGAAACUCUUCAAGUUGAAGUCACAGAGCAUGAGCCAACCAAAAAAUCAAAAACAAAAAGACCGGAGUUAAAGAAAACUGUAAUAGAUAAAGAAUUGGAUGAGCACGAAGCUGUUCCAGAACACGAUGAGUUCCUUAUCAACAAGAUUGAGUCGGAACGUCCUCAAGAUGAAAAUAUUAAAGAAACAGAAAUAGAAAUCUUGCCGGUCGUAGAUAAAGUCUUGGCAGAUUUAAGUGAUUGCCUACCUUUUGUGGUUGUUGAGAAAGAUUUCAAGAAUAUGCCAUUGGAGCAUGAUGAACUUCCUUUGGAAGAUGAGAAAAUACUAAGAAAACGAAAGGUCAGAGCUAGAAAGGACUCCAAAUUAUACGAAAUCGAAAUAAUUGAAACCGAAAAACUAGGUGACAAGCCUGAUGAAGCGAAGGUUAUAGUUAUAACGACAGAAAUUUCUGGUGAUACCAUCGACGCACCCGCUUCAUCUACUACUGAGGCACCGAAAAAAUCUGUCAGAAAGGUUAAGAAAGAGAAGCUAAAGGAAUUCAUUGUCAAAAUAGUCGAGGAAGCCCCAUUAGAUGACGUCUAUGAAAUAUGUGAAGAAGUUUCAAGACCUCCUGCCGAAGAAAGCUUCGAGAAAGAUGAUAUUAGUUCAUUCACAACUACGGUAGUGGAGGAGCAAAUAGAAGAACCUUUUCUGCCAGAAGAAACAAAAACGGUGGACGAUGCUCGCAUGAAAAAAGACAAGAAAAAGAAAACUGAUAAUCAGCAAAAGAUAAAAUCAUCCGACUCUAAACCUACUCCAACCUCAGAAGAUUCAGCAAUUACGGAAUAUACUCCAAAGAUUUCAGAACAUGAUGAAAAUCCUGAAACGGACGAAUAUGUGGUAGAAGUAAAAGAAAGUUUGUCAAAAUCCAAAAAGAAAUCUGCAAAGAAGCAAAAGGAGGAAUCCCUCGCUGGGCCUAUAUCGUUUUAUACCAUUCGUAUUGAGGAAUCGACCCCAGAAACUUUCACAGAAAAAAUAGAUAAAAACGGUAAGGAAGUUGUACGUGUUAUUAAUAAGAGAAAAAUUAUAAAGAAAGAGGGACCGAGGGAAUAUCUAAUCGAAGUUACUGAAACAUGUGAAGAUAACAAGCCAGAAGCAGAUGUUUUAGUUCGGACCACUGAGACAACGCCAACAAUCGAUUCCGCGCCUCAGGAACACCACAAUAUUAAAAUCGUACAGAAAAAGAAGCCAAAGACCGAAAACCUUGACAAUUAUAUUCUAAAACUAAUAGAUCAAGAAAUUCCACAUCAAGAAAAUAAAGAAUUUGAACCCACUGUUCUGGAGACCUCUCCAGAGUCUAAAAAGGGAAAGAAAAUUAAGAAACAUCACAAAAAAACUACCGAGGUUAUUGACGGUAUUCCGAUUACUGUAUAUGAAGUAACAAUACAUGAGAGUGAAACUGACGAAGAUGAUUAUAAGCCAGAUGAACCCACGUUAGUGGAAACUGUUCAUGAGGAUAUAGAGGAGGCUCCCAAAGACCUGAAAACAAAAGUCUCAAAUAAAAAGCCUAAAUCAAUGAAAGAAAAAUCGUUAAAGUUCCAAAUAGCUGAGGAAGACAACCCUCAAACAGUAAUUGAAGAUAUCUCGGAGGAUAUACAAGUUGUACAAAUUAUUGAAGAAGACGGCACACCAAAACACGUGGAAAUUAAGAAAAAGAAGGUUUCCCGCAAACAGGGUCCAAAGGAACAAAUCUUUGAAAUUACUGAGAAAAAAACUGGCGAUGAACCUUUAUCUGAAGUAACUAUUGUGGAGAUUACAGAAGAACAGCCUCAAGAAGAAGUCUUAGCGGUUCAAGAGAAGAAAUCAAUUAAAAAACCAAAGAAACUAAGGCCUGAAGAUGUCAAUAGUUAUAUAAUCAAUGUCCUUGAGGAGUUAGCUGAACCCAUUAGAUUCGAUAAACUUACGGAAGACGCAGAUGACAAGCCACAACCAGUUAUGGAAAAUAUUUCCGAAGAUGUACAAGUUAUGCAAAUUGUUGAAGAAGACGGCUCAUCAAAACAGGUUGAAAUUAAGAAAAAGAAGGUUUCUCGCAAGCAUGGUCCAAAGGAACAAAUCUUUGAGAUAACCGAAACAAAAGCUAGUGAUCAACCUUUAGCUGAAGUAACAAUUGUGGAUGUAACGGAAGAAGGCUUAAGUAAAGACGUUUUGAUACCUAAGGAAAAGAAAACUGUAAAGAAGCCAAGGAAAGUAAAGCCUGAAGAUAUCCAAAGCUAUGUCAUUAAUGUUUUGGAAGAGUUUAAUGAACCUGAUUAUGAUGCUAAUGCCGAAAAACCAAUAAUUGUGGACAUUGCAGAAUCCGUUGAAAUUAUUCCAGUUACUGAAGAAGAUGGCAUAACUAAGAAGGUUGAGGUUAAGAGGAAAAAGGUUUCCCGCAAACAAGGUACAAAGCAACAAGUUUUUGAAGUCAUCGAGAGAAAAACUAGUGACGAACCUUUGGCUGAAGUUACAAUCCUCGAGCUUGGUGGUGACAAAUCUCAAGAAGACAUUAUUCUACCCAAGGAAAAGAAACCAAUCAAGAAAACAAUUAAAUUGAAGCCUGAAGACGUCGAAAGCUAUGUCGUUAAUGUUUUGGAAGAGUUUUGUGAGCCUCAAAACUUUGAGAGAAGUGAGCCUACUGAGGGAGAAGCAUUUGAAACUAAAACAAAACACAAAAAGCCCAAGAAGCCAAUUGAGAAAGCACUAGAAAAUGUUAUCCUUAUAGAAGAAAUGGCUCCUGAAACGGUUAUAGAAAAUAUUGUAAACGAAAAGGGAGAAGAAGUUAAGCAAGUUAAAACAACCAAGAAACUUAAGAAAAAGGAAGGCCCUAAGGAGUAUCUCAUUGAAAUAAAAGAAACUUAUGAAGAAAAUAAGCCAGAGGGCGACAUUGAAAUAACAACUACGGAGUUGGCUCCUGAGAACGCUUCUGAUGCCCCUGAUGAUCAACCAGUCCUUGUUCUCCAGAAAGUGAAAAAGAAGAAGCCUGUCAAAGACGAUCUUGACAGAUAUAUACAGCAGUUAAUCGAACAGGAAAUCACAAAAACCCCUCUAGAAGAAUAUGAACCAACCGAAAUGGAUUCGAAAAAGAAGCCCAAAAAGAAAGUAAAAUCUCACAACAAGAAAACCAUUGAAGUUGUUGAUGGAUUACCAGUUACCAUUCACGAGUUCAAUGUGGAGGACAUAGUUCCAGAACCUGAGGUCAUGGAAAAACCAGAAAGUAUGUUACAGGAAAUCAAGGAAAUACCACAACUGCCAGACGAUUCUUCCAAUUACCUUAUAAACAUUUCUGAUAAAUUUUCUGAAGCGGAGAAGCCAAUAAAACAGCCUACUGAGGAGGUACCCAUAAAAAAAGAGAAGCCAUUAAAAAAGAAAAAGAACGUUGAGAGUCCCGUAUCAUUGGAAACAUAUGAUCACACUGUUGAAGUCGUUGCUGAACCCACAUUGGAAGGAACUGUUAAAGACGUAACUGUCAAGAAACGAAAGGUAUCCCGUAGAAAGGGGUCUAAAGAUCACAUUUUUGAAAUUACGGAAACAACAAGUGAGGAUCGGCCCACGGCUGAAGUUACAGUAGUUGAGUUGACCACCGACGAAAUCUUAGCUUCUGAGGAAAAACCGAAGUAUGAAAGGAAGGUUGUUAAAAAACCAAAGCAGUUAAAGAAAGAGGACGUGGAAGAAUAUAUAAUUAAUAUUAUCGAAGAAUUCGUACAGCCAAUUCCAGUUGGCCUAGUUGAAGGUGAAGUAGAAAAAGUCCAGGAGGAAAAAUCUAAAAAACCGAAGAAAUCUCCAACAACGUACAUAGCCACAGAACAUGAAGAAAAAGAUAACGAUGUCGCUGCGUUGGUUAGGGAAGACUUAGAGCAAACUAUUGAGAGCGGUUUAGAGAAGCCUUCAGAAUCACUUCAAUUUACCAUUAGUGCUGAAGAAGAACCUGUUGGUGAAGAACAAAAACAACCUAAGCCGAAAAAGAUAACCAAGCCAAAGUCGAUCAAGCAGCCUUCUGUAGAUCAAAGCCUAGACUAUCUUGUUAGGGUGGUAUCUGAAGAAAGCAUACAAGAUGAACCAAUCCCUGAAGAUUAUGUGGUAUCUGAAGCUGCAGAAGAUAAACCUUCUGAGGAACCAACUUUCCAAGUAGAAGAAAUCGAAACCGAAGCGGUGGAAAAAGAAGUUACCGACGAUAAGGGAGAAACGACAAAGCAAAGUGUAACCAAAAGAAAAAUCAAAAAGCAAGUUGGCCCCAAGGAAGAAAUUAUUGAAAUUGUAGAGACGAAGACAGGUGAUACUCCAGAGUACGAAGUAAUUGUAACUACCGAAGAGGUUCAAGAAACUAGCGAAGAAGCUCCAGAAGAGAAAAAACCGAAAACGGUCCGCAAAGCUAAAAAGAUUCCAAAGGAUGAUCUUCAGGAUUAUAUUCAGAAGCUUAUUGAGCAAGAUAUUCCAAAAACCGAACUGGAAAAAUAUGAAAAAAUUGACUUAGACGAGCCCGUAAAAAUGAAAAGAAAACUCAUCAAAAAGGUCAAGCAAUCUGAAGAACAACCAACAAAAGAAACUGAAGAGCCAUUGGAGGAUAAAUCUGUUGUGAAGAUUUCUGAAUAUCCUGAAGUUGCCAGUGACGAACAAAAGCUAACGAUUGCUGUUAAGGAAUUUGUUCCACAAAAGUCAGAAGAAAAGCCUUUCGAAAUAGUAGUACUUGAAGAAACGGUAGAAACCAAUCAGGAGCCAGAUGAAGAUGGAGUCGUAAGAGAAAAGGUGGUUAAGACUAAAAAGAUAAAGCAGAAUAGAGGUUCAGUAGAAAUGGUUCAUGACAUAGUCGAGGAAGUCGAUAAGGAUACAAACGAAUCUGUAGUAACAGUCACGACAACCGUUCCAAAGGAAACACCUGAUCAGGAACAACCGUCAGUAAAACAAAAACGUACAAAGAGGAUUAAGAAAGAAGAAGUUGAAGACUAUAUCAAACGAGUUAUUGAGGAGGAGCCACAGCCACAGCCAAAUGAGCCCGUGAACUUAGUGGCUAUCGAUGAUUUCGUUCCCAAACCAAGUUCUGAGAAGAGAAAAAAGAAGCCAAUAAAAGAAAAGCAAUCUUCCAUUGAGGAAAAAACGCCUCACCAGGAUAAAGUUAUAUUCACUGAGUCUGUUCCGGAGGACUCUCCAGUUAGUGAUGAUCUUAUAACUAUGGUGGAUUCAGUAUCAAUCGCAGAAGAACCAGAAAAACAAGUAAAUCUAAAUGAAGACACUAGGAAACCCGAGAAGACAAAAAAACCAAAGUCUUUAGCUACAAAACACACGGAAAACCUACUAGAGGACACUCUUGAAAAGCCUUUGGAGGUUUUACAGAAGGAUUCUGAGCCGGAAAAACCAGAUGUUCAGGAAUUCCUUGUUUCUAUUAAGGACGAUGAACAAAAGCGUACUCAACCAGAAACGAAGAAAACUCCCAAAAUAACAACCGAAACACCAAAACAGCCUUCAACGGAACAAUACGAAAUUUCAAUAAAGGAACAGGUGCUGGAACCGGAAGAAGAAAAGACGUUUACAGUUCAGAUAAUUCAAAGCGAAACAAACGUAGAAGAAACCAAAGAUGACACUGGAAAAGUGCAUAAGCAAGUUACAACAAAACGAAAGUUGCGACGACCUGACGGUGAAAGUGAAAUAGAGAUUAUUGAAGUUGUUAGGGAUGAUCAGCCUGAGGCGGAAAUAACUAUUGUAGAGUAUGAGCCAGAACAUGUAAGCCAGAACGAAAAACCCAAAGAACCUAAAAAGAAAACGAGAAAGGUUAAAAAGGAUGACAUACAUGACUACAUACAAAAGUUAAUUGACUUGGAAACACCAAAAACGGAGCUUGAAAGGUAUGAGAAAAUCGAAUUCGAACCAGUGGUCAAGGAUAAACCAUUGGAUAGUCUGAUUGACGUUGUGGAGGAGGCUCCCAUUGAAGUGCCGAAAAAACAUAAAAAGCCGAAGUCCAAAGAAAUUCCGAUAGAGGAAUCUUCUGUUCCGGAUCAAUAUGCAAAGGUCAAAGUGGUCGAAGAAGAGGCUCCUGACAAACCCGAACUACCAGUCCAAAUUCUAGAAGUUCAGCCAGUAGAGGUAGAUGUUAAAGAGGUUAUAACUGAAGCUGGCAAGCCGGUUAAUGAAAAGACUACUAAGCGAGUUUUGAAGAAGGUGGGACCCGAAGAACAAACAACUUUCAAGAUUACAACGAUUGAAAGCGAGGAUAAUGAUUCGGUUACAGUUAUUGUUGACGAAGAACCAGAAAUAGUUUCCCCACAGUCUACCGAAGAACAUCCAGAACAGCCUGAAGAAAAACUAGCGCCAAAACCCAAAAAAACUGUAAGAAAGGUUAAAAAGGACGACUUACACGAAUACGUAAAGAAACUAAUAGAAGAAGAAAUUCCUAAGGUAGAACUUGAAAAAUAUGAAAAGGUAGAUAUGCCAGAAAAACCAGUAAAACAAGCUCCUUCUGAAUCUAUUACGGAAGACGCGACACCUGAACAAUCCCAACCAAUAUCAAUAGCACACGACACAACGAAACCCAAGAAAACUAAAACGCAUAAGCCAAAGACAGAAGACGCAGACCAGCAAGUACCGGACGAACCGACAGAGACCACAGUAGACACCACUGAAAUACCAGAGUUUACACCAACCCAAAUUGCACAGCCUGAGGACACAGCCACUGCACAAAUUACACCAAGCGCACAAGAAGAGAAAUCUACUCAAGAUGACACUAAAGAUACAAUUCAAAAAACAGUUAAACAUAAAAAAACAAAACCAGACACACAAAAAAGCGUUGAAACAAGUGAACUACCAGAGGUUCAAAAAGACUAUCAAAUUAGCAUCAUUCACGAAGAGCCUGUCGAGGAAGACCAGCCAGAAAAGAUUUUGGAGGUUAGAGUUAUCGAUGAAGUCGCCGAGGUGGAAGAAUCACAGCCCAUUGUGGAAGAGGUUGAAGAGGAGGAACCGCAGCCAGCUAUAGAAGAAACUGUGGAGGACGUCACGAAACCUAAGUCUAAAAAGAAGAAGGUAGUUAAAAAGAAAACCGAUGACCAUGACGAACUCAUCAAAAAGAUGCUGGAGCAGGAAAUAGAGAAGACUGAACUGGAGAAAUACGAGAAAAUUGAAUUUGAUGUUCCCAAGAAACUCAAACCGGAAUUCGCCGCUCUUGAACCAAUAAAAAUUGAGCGCAAAGAGCAGAAGCCAACAAAGGUGACAAUUCUCGAUGCCACUGAUGUUCCGAAAACGGUGAAGCUUAAACCAAGUAAACGUAAGGAGAAACCUGCCGAGGAACUGACUGUUCAACUUCCGAAGUUCAGACUUAAGGCCCGUAUGGUCUGGGUUGAAUACCCUCCAGCUCCCCUAAUUCCGAAAACCACUGAUAUUGGGGCCAUUAAGGACAAUGGAGAACUGUCUCGUAACAUCGAAGAGGCUGAAGAAGUUCUAAAGUUCAAGCCGCAUAAGACUAAGAAAAUUAAGAAAAUCAAGGAUGAUUUAGAAAAGGUCGAGCUCGAAAAGUACGAGAAAUACAUAAGUAGCGAGGAAGAACCAGAGGAAAAGACCCCUUAUAAGAAACCUGAAAAGGUACCAAGACCAGAGGAAAAACAAGAGGAUGUAAAGCUUAAGCUGGGCAAGGGUAAGAAAAAGCCAAUGGAGGAAAACGCGCCCGAAAAUGUUACUCUCAAAAACAUUCCGCAAAAGCCGCAGGAAGUUGAGGAAGAAGUGGAACUUAAACAGAAACCUAAAAAGGUUGAUAUUGUUGAGGAACAAACCAGGAAGCCCAAGGAAGGGGAAUUCGUUGUGGAGCCAUUUGAACCAUCUGAAUUUGACCGUCCUGAGUACGUACCCGAUGAACUUGAGCCAAUCGAACAUCCAGAGAUGCCGGAGAAAGUCAAGAAGCCGUCUAAGACUAAGUACAAGCCUAAAGAUAAGUCUAAGCCAGAGCCGGAAACCAUUAUAUCGGAGAUUGUUGCUGGGGUUCCAAAGGAGGAAGAGGUAAUACCCGAACAGGAUGUAAAGUUCCGUAAGCCCGAGAGAGACGCUCCAGAAGAGACUGACUCUGAAAUUAAGCUACGGCCUGUACCUCAGGCUCCCAAGUCUGAAGAACCCAGCGAUCAAGCGGUUGUGAAACCCAAGGCAGAGGAACCCCUUUCCAAAGAAACCAAAGAUAAGACCGUCGAUGACGAAAAGAAACCAAAGAAAUCUAAGGCCAAAAAGGUUCAGCCAAAGGAGGAGGAGAUUGCCACGCAAGAACCCGAACAAUUUGAGGUAUCGGUGAAAGAGUCGGAAACUGUAGUUGAAAAACCCGCUGAAACCGAAAAGCCAAAAGAAGUUAAGGUGAAAGAGAAGAAACCCAAGGAAACACCUGUGUCCGAAGUAGUAGUUUUGGAAGAAGAGCCAAAGCCAGAAGAAGUACCCGAGGAAAUACCUGUGGAGUACAAGAUAACAACUACUGUCUUGGAGCCAGAGGAUGCACCCAAGGAACAUCAAGUCAAAGUCAUUGAUUUUGAUGAGCGUCAAGAAACUACCGAGGAGGUAAUUGAAGAAAAGGUCGUGACGCGCAAGAAGAAACCAAAACCACAGCAACCUGAAGAGUUUGAGGUCACCUUAAAAGAGCCAAAAGAAGAAUCUGUACAACCGGAGGUAGUUUCAGCUGAAAUCUCUUUGCCAAUUGAGCAACCCGAACCGAAGCCAGAACAGUAUGAAGUUGAAGUUAAAAUAACUGAAACUUUACCAGAAGAGCCCGAUAAUGUGCAAAUCGCAGUCAAGGAAAAGGUCAAAGCAAAGCCUGUUAAGGAAGUCAAAGAGGAUAAAAUUGUCGUGGUUGAGGAAGAAGAAAAGAAGCAACUAGUUGAGGACACGGUCGAGGAGGUUGAAAGGCAGGAAGAAAAGAAGAAGUCAAAGAAACCGAAAUCAUACGAGUUCAAAAUUUCUGAAACCCAAUCUAUUGAGGAAAAGCCAAUAGAAGUGGUUGAAGAAACUCCUGAAGAAACACCGAAGGUUGUAGAGAAAAAGGUUGCCGAGAAAUUCGAUUCCUACGAAUUCACUUUGAAGGAAACUGAUGCGGAUAAGGUAAUCGCAGUGGACGAUAUGCCCGAGGAUGAAACCCCUGUAGAGGUUGUAUUAAAGAAAAAACCCAAGGAACCUGAAGCAGUCGAGGCCGAGUUUGUAAUGACCGAACCCAAGGUCGUAGAAGAAACGACUGUGGAAACUGCAAUCAAACAGAAAAAGACAAAAAAACCGAAAAAGAACGAAGAGGAAGCUCAAUUAGAAAUCAAGGUUGUCGAAAGUGAAGCCUCUGUUCCCGAAGAAGUGUUGACUGAAGCUCCUGAGAGUAAGAUUGUAGAGGAGGAAGUUACUGUGGAAGAAAAGCCUAAAGACUACAGAAUUCGCGUUUCUGAAACAGAAACUAAGCCCGAAGAGGCAAGUGUGGAACAGUUUACAGUUAAAAAACGCAAACCUUCUGUUACUUUCGCCGACGAACCUGCCACUGAAAUCGUUUUCAAGGAGAGCAAGCCCACUGAAGUUGUUACUGAGGACGCUCAUAUAAAGACCAAGAAGCCGAAGAAGAAGGUAAAGGAUGUGGAAGCUGAGGAGCUUAAGAUUCAAAUCACUGAGGAACUUCCACAGGAAAUUCCCAUAGUGGAAGAGGUCUCGGAUGAAGAGGUGAUUACUGAAAUUAAGAAGGCAGCUCCGGCUGUUGAAGAGAAGACAUACAAAAUUGGCAUCAAAGAGACGGAGCCGGAAAAACCUGCAGAUGUAAUUGUCGAGGAAGAGCCAGCGGUAACAGAGCCAGUUGAGGAAGAACCGAAACCAGAAGUUUUCGAGGAACACAAGGUUAGAGUCAUUGAGGAAACACCUAGAGAAUUGGUAGAGGAAGUCAUUGAAGAGGAGGUCAAGGUUAUUCGCAAAAAGAAACCUAAGCCAGAAAUUAAGGAGGAACCCGAGGCGGAAGUUACUGUCUCUGCUCCAAGGCCUGUCGAUGAAGUGGAAGCUACGUCUAGUAUUUCUGUUAUUCCAGAACAACCUACUGAGGAUGAGGCCGCUGAUCUUAAGAUAACAAUAAUUGAAGAAGAAACACCACCACAAGAACUUGUCCAAGAAAUUGAAGAAAUUGAAAUUGUCGAGGAACCAAAGGCUCUUGAAGAACAACCUACGGAUUUCACUUUCGUCACAAGGGAUUCCGAAAAGGAACCGACUGUGGAAGAGCUGCCCGAGGAACAAGUCACGAUCCAGAAAAAGAAAAAGGCGCCAGUACCAGAAGUAGUCGAAGAACCCGAAGCCGAGUUUUUGGUUAAGCCAAAGACGCCUGUACAAGAAGUUACUGAAGAGGCUAAGAUAACGAAGAAGACUAAGAAACCAGUAAAGGAAGAAGAGGCCGCAGCAGAGCUUAAAGUAACUAUCACUGAAGAAGUUCCCGCUGAACCGGAGGUUCAAGAAAUUAUCGAGGAAAUCGAAGAGAUCGUGGAAGAAAAACCUACAGAGUAUGAAAUUGAAGUUAAGGAAAGUAAACCAGAAGCUGUAGAAGAAAAGGAAGUUACCUUACCGAAAAAGAAACAGAAGGCUCCAGUGGUUGAAGAGCCAGAAGCUGAAGUAACUCUAAAACCAAAGGCAAAGACGGAAGAAGUUCAGGAAGAAGCGAAGAUAGUAAAGAAAAAGCCAAAGAAAAAUGUCGAAGAAGCAGUAGCCGAAGAGCUUACGGUCAAGGUUGAAGAAGAGGUUAUUCCAGAACCGAUUGUGGAAGAAGAAGUGAUAGAAGAAAUCCAGAUCACAAAGAAGCCAGUAAAGCCGGAGCCAGAGGACAUUGUAGAUGCUGCGGUUGUGAAACUAAAGAAACCGAAACCAGUAGAUGCUGAAGAAGUUGUGGCUGAAGUUACUCUUAAGCCAAAGGCUGAAAAGGAGGUUAAAGAGGAAGAAUAUUCCGUUGAUGUUAAGCUGCCAAAGGAAAAUAAGAUUGCAGAGGAAACUUCUGACCAAACUGUACAGCUCAAGAAAAAGAAGAAGCCGCAGAAACCGGUGGAAGAGGCUGCGGAUGAGCUUAAGCUACAGAAAACUGUGGUCGAAGAAAGACCUGUGGAAAUUGAAGAAGAAGAGAUCGUUGAAGAAGCAGUCAUCAUUCGCAAGAAGCCAAAGAAGACUUUCGAGCCGACGGUUGAGGAUCUCGAAGAAACAGAGUUCAGUCUCUCCUUUAAAAAGCCCCAUACCAUUAAUGAGGGUGUGGAAGAGGCUGCCACAGUUCUCAAAAAACGACCAGUCAAACCCACUACUCUGGAUGAAGCUGCAGCUGAACUUUCUAUCAAGCGUCAGGAAGAAGAAUACGAAGAGGGCGACGAUAUCGAAGAGUUUGUCGUCAGCCAGCAAAGAAAGCCAAAGCCUUUGCAAAUCACAGAAGAAGAUGAAGAGGCCUACACAGUGAAGAAACUUAAGCGUCGAAAGCAAGUAGACAUUCCCGAAUACGCGGACGUUGAAAACGUCACAUUCCGUGCGAGAAGUACCAAGACCAAGGAAGAUGUCGAUCAAGAGUUCAACAUUGCCCUGGACUCAUAUGCCGAGGAGGAAAUUUCCAUGUCUGGAAAGGUGAAGUUAAAGAAGCCUAUUAAGAAGACCUUCUCCGAAGCAGCCGAUGAAGCCAAAAUUAAGAUCAUUCAGGACUUUGACGAUGGUGAAGAACCCAUUAUCGAAGAAAUUCGAGACGAUGAGGAUACCAUCGAUGAAGUCGAGGAGCCAGAAGAAUACUUUGUUGAGGAAUUGCCACCAGACGAGGUGGAUUUCAAGCUUAAGCCAAAGAAGCACUCGAAACCAGCCUAUUCUGUUCAAGAUGAAGAGGAAGAACAAUUCCUAAUUGGCAUUCGUCAUCCCAAACGCGAUUCGAUCACAUACGACGAGGAUUCUCUUACCUUUAAGAAGAAGCGUAAGGUUGUGCAACAACUUUUCAAUGAAGAUGGAGCUUCGCUUAAUAUUACCAGAGAAAUGAAUGUUGAAGAAUCCGAGAAUCUCAAUGUUAUGUACUCGAUCUGCAACUAUAUUGCCGACAACAACGAGGCUAUAAACCUAGUCGAGGGUGAGAAGGUUACGGUCGUUGGCCGUCACAGCUCAGAGUGGUGGUACGUGAAGAAAAGCAUUACGGAAGAGGAAGGCUGGGUUCCAGCUCAAUAUCUGAUGGAACCCGAGGAAUACGCGCAGUAUGUGCAAAAUAAACUGCACGAGAAAAUCGAUAAGCUGCCUGUAUUUGAACGUCCUGGACCAGAAGACAAGCCCAUUGCCCCAAGAUUUAUUGAAAAGCUGCAACCGAUUCACACUCCUGACGGCUACACGGUGCAAUUCGAGUGUAAGGUGGAGGGCAAUCCACGACCCCAGAUUGCCUGGUUCCGCGAAACUGCUAUUAUCAAACCCUCUCAAGACUUCCAAAUGUUCUAUGAUGAUGACAAUGUUGCAACCUUGAUCAUUCGCGAGGUGUUCCCCGAGGAUGCCGGCCAAUUCACAGUUGUGGCAAAGAAUGCUGCUGGUUUCACAUCCAGCACAACGGAACUGAUUGUUGAAAGUCCACUAUCUGAUCACGGCUCUGAUGCCACAGCUCUUUCACGUCGCAGCAUGUCUCGUGAAUCCUCGCUAGCCGACAUAUUGGAGGGCAUUCCACCAACUUUCUCCAAGAAACCCAAGGCUCAAUAUGUGGACGAGAAUACAAAUGUGAUUCUUGAGUGCCGACUGGUGGCCGUGCCUGAACCCGAUAUUGUCUGGACCUUCAACGGCGAAGACAUUGAUGAGGAAGAGAUUAAAAACAUUCGCAUCGUUACCGAAUCCGACAUGCACAUGUACUGCAGUGUGGUGCACAUCUCAAAGGUUAAGAAAUCGCAGGAAGGUACCUACGAGGUUAUUGCAACCAAUCGCGAGGGCGAGGCUCGUCUGCCAAUCACCCUCAAGGUGCGCACCACCGAAAAGGAGGCUCCACAAAUCCUGGAACCCUUGCGCAACAUGGUUAUACGCGAAGGCGAGAGUGUCGUACUUUCUACCCAAAUUGUAGGUAAUCCACCGCCAAAGGUAACCUGGUAUAAGGAUGGCAAGCCUGUUAAGAACGCCAAGUCCGACAAGGAUUUGCAUACCCUAACAUUAAUUACACCACAAAAGUCUGAGAAGGGUGAAUACACGGUAAAGGCUGUGAACCCCUUGGGUAGCGUGGAGACCACUGCUAAUUUAACAAUUGAAGACCUUGCUGGCGGUAAUGCUGAGCCACCACUUUUUGUAGAACGCUUUGAGGAGCAGAAUGUUCCGCAAAAGGGCGAAAUUCACUUGCCAGCCAAGGUUUCCGGUAACCCGGUGCCUGAGGUUCAAUGGCUGUUUAACAACACGCCAUUGUUCCCCAGCGACCGCAUCCAGCAGGUUUACGAUGGCGAGAACAUCGAGCUUAUCAUCAAGGAUGCCAACCCAGAAACCGAUUCUGGUGACUACAAAUGUAUUGCAAGUAAUCCUAUUGGCAAAACUUCACACGGUGCCCGUGUGAUUGUUGAGGUUGAUGAAGUGACGUUUACAAAGAAGCUUAAGAAGACCAUCACCAUUGAAGAGGUACAAUCUCUUACCCUGGAGUGUGAGACCUCCCACGUAGUCACCACCAAGUGGUUCUUCAACGGCAAGGAACUCAGUGGAAUGGAUCAUCGCGUCGUGGUUGAGGAUGGCAAGACUCACAAGUUGGUAAUCAGAAACACGAAUCUACGUGACUCUGGAACCUAUACGUGCAAGGUUAAGAAGCAAGAAACUCAAUCGACUGUCGAGGUGCUGCAACGUAAGCCGGACUUUAUCAAGGUUCUCGAGGAUUACGAGGUAACCGAAAAGGAUACCGCCAUUUUGGAUGUGGAGCUUACUACCGAGGCGACCGAAGUCACUUGGUACAAGGACGGCGAGAAGAUCACUCCAGAAAACAAGAACGUCGAGUUUAUCAAGGAUGGAAAGGCUCGUCGCCUGGUUAUCCGCGAUGCCACCAUCCACGACGAGGGUCAGUACACAUGCAAGAUCGAGGGACAGGAGUGUAGCUGUGAGCUGAUUGUAAUCGAGCUACCACCUGAAAUUGUGAAGCCACUGAAUGACGUUGCAGUGACCAAGGGCGAGAAUGCUAUUUUCGAAGUCGAACUUAGCAAGGGCGAUGCCCUUGUCAAAUGGUUCAAGAACGGAAAGGAAAUUGUGUUUAAUGAGCGCAUUCAAUUGGCCAUCGAUGGCAAGAAACAAUCCCUGCGCAUUGUCAAGGCCAAGCCCGAAGAUGUGGGUGAAUACUCCGUUCAGGUGGGCGAUCAGUCAUCAAAGGCAAAUUUGACAGUAGAGGAGCCCCUCGUAGACUUUGUCAUCCGCCUGCCAGAUAUUACGCUGGCCACCAAGACAACGGAUGCCGAGUUCACGGUGCAGCUGUCGCAGCCCGAUGUCGAGGUCACCUGGUGCAAGAAGAGCAAGCCAAUCAAGCCCAACCAGAAGCACGAGGUAUUCGUUGAGGGCACUGUCCGACGACUGGUCAUCCACGAUGCCAGCGACGAAGAUGCCGGAGAGAUCAGCUGCGUUGCAGAGAACGUCACAAGCAGCACUAAGCUGUGCGUCGAGGAGCUCAAACUGCCACCCGUCAUUACCUCUGACAAGGAUCAAACCAUCAAGGUUAAGGAGAACGACGACGUGACCUUCUCUGUCAAGUACACAGGCGUGCCAACGCCUGAGGCCUGCUGGACCACGCGCAAGGUUGUCAUACCCAAGUCAAAGAGGACAAUCCCGACCAUCGAUGAGCAGUCAGCCACGCUAACCAUUAAAAAGGUUGUUGACGAUGACGAGGGCGAAUACACCGUCAAGCUUGUCAACCCGGUGGGCGAGGCAGAGGCCAGCCUCCAUUUGGUCAUUAUGCGCAAGCCAACUGCGCCUGGUACACCUCAACCCCUCGAGAUAAUGCAUGACUCUAUUACGCUCUACUGGAAGGCGCCAGAGGAUGAUGGCAAGUCGGAGGUUAUUGAGUACAUUUUAGAGUAUCACGAUGUUAAGGAAGAAAAAUGGACUGAAAUUAGAAAGAUCAAGGACACCACCUACACCAUAAGCAAGCUAAAGAUCGACACGGAAUACGUGUUCCGUUCGAUUGCUGUGAACGAAGUGGGGCCAUCGCCACCAUCGCCGCUUUCGCCGCCUAUCCGACUGGUGCCCAAGGUUGAGACCAAGGCGCCCAGCGUGCAAGAACCACUACAGGAUGUGGUUAGCGAGCUGGAAAAGGAGGUGACACUGUCCUGUGUGUUUGGCGGCAUUCCAGAGCCAAAGGUGACGUGGAAGAAGAACGGUCAGGUGUUCGAAUCGAGCAGCAUACGCUACGAAAAUCGCGUGGCCAAGUACACCAUUGAAAAGACAACCAUUGAGACUGAAGCCACAUACACGUGCGUGGCGACCAAUGAGAAGGGCUCCGCGGAGACCUCGUGUCGCCUGAAACUGCAGGAGAAACCGGUUCUCGAGGUGGAGGACAAGUACUUGACGCAGAAGCUGCGCACAGGCAGCACUCUCACCAUUCCAGCGACGGUCCGCGGCUAUCCACAGCCCACUGUGACGUGGCACAAAGAGACGAUCGAGCAGAAGACCACCAAGUCGGUAACCAUUGAGACCACGGAGACUACUUCCACCUACACGGUUAAGAAGGUGACUCGCGAGCAAUCCGGCAAGUACAAGGUGACGGCCACCAAUGAGUCGGGCACUACGUACGUAGAGUGCACUGUUCAGGUGAUCGACAAACCCAGCAGACCCCAAUCUCUGGAGAUCAAGGACAUUAAAAAAGACUCCAUUGUCCUGGAAUGGACACCACCUGUCGAUGAUGGAGGUCUGGAGAUUGAGAAGUAUACGCUGGAGAAGUGCGACGUUCAAAACAAUGUUUGGAUGAAGGUAUCCGACUUUAACAAAGACAUCAAAUCGUAUGCUGUUCAAAAACUUUCGAUGAACGCGCAAUACAUGUUCCGUGUGGUGGCCGCUAAUCCUAUUGGCGAGUCUGAGCCAACGGAAAGUGAUCCAGUGACUAUAACCAAAAAAUUCGAAAAACCAUCGCCUCCUCGUGGACCUACCACAGUGUCGGGUAUGAACGACACGUCCUUCAAUUUGGCUUGGGAGCCAUCGGAAACAGACGGCGGUUCAAAGAUCAUAGAGUACAUUGUGGAAAUAAGGGAAGAGACUGAAACCACCUAUCGAUCGGUGGGCGUAACCCUGGGCACAGUGACCAAUAUCCACGUACAGAAGGUGGUCAGAAACAAGGGGUACCUGUUCCGCAUAUAUGCGAGAAACGAGGUUGGCACCAGCGAGGCGUUUGAGACCACGGAGAAGAUUGUCAUGGGCCGCAAAAUCACGCCGCCAUCGCCCCCUCAGAACUUGAGGGCCCCAGAUGUCACGAGUCGAAGUGUCACAUUGGAUUGGGAGGUGCCAGCCCGUAACGGUGGAUCAGAGAUCACGGGCUAUUGCGUGGAAAAACGUUCCUCAACAUCUACAAACUGGACGAAGGUCAUUACACUGGAUGCUCACCAGCUGCACUACACGAUUGACAACCUGAAGGAGAAGUGCGAGUACUGGUUCCGUGUGUCAGCGGAGAAUGAGGUUGGAUUAGGUGCACCAGCCGUCACCGAGAGCAUAUCGCUCAAGACACAUGCUAGUAAGUUCAUAUUGCUAGUUACCAAUCGUAUAUCCCCUACUGAGUUUGUUUUCCUUAAAGCCGUACCCUCACCACCCACCGGUCCACUGGAGGCGCGCGUUCUCGCCGCCAAUGCCCACAUAUUCGAAUGGGGUUUACCCGAGUCAGAUGGAGGUGCGCCUCUGCUCGGCUACCACAUUGCUAUACGGGACAUGAAGAAGACCAUGUGGAUCGAGGUGGGUCGUGUGCCAGCUGGCGUGCAGAAGUUCCAGAUCAGAGACCUGCAGGAGAAUCACGAGUACAUGAUUCGCAUAUUCGCGAAGAACGAGAUUGGUCUAAGUGAACCUCUGGAAUCGGAGGAGCCCUACAAGGCUAUGACUGCUGGUCAUGAGAUCCUGCCGGACGAGCCACGCACGGAGAUGAGUUCGUGUAACACCUCCUCGUGGCUGCGUGACCACCACAUGGAUGCGGAUAUCCAUUCGUAUGCCCGCGGCAGGCUGCUUCAACGCGAUGAGUACUUCUUCCGGCUGUGGGCGGACUUGCCCAAGAGCAAAAAGAAGAAGAGCUCCAAAUAGUCGAUGAACGACAACGAAAUAAGAAACACUUUAGUCGUAGGUUAAGCGUAUUUCAUUUGUAUUUUAUAUAACAACAACGCAAUGGGGAGAACCCCCUUGAUUUUCUAGCUUUUUGUACUUUAGUAGAGAUGACGAAAUGUGAGGAUGGUGUAAUGUAAUGUGGCAUCCCAUUGAUAGCGAUGCCCACGACCCCCGAUCAAAGAGUGCGAGCGAAGAAUAAACUUAAUGCUCGGGUGCGUGGGCGUGGCUCAAUGUUUUUGGAUGGCCAUUACGCCAUUCAAUUAACGGAAAUAAUUUUAGAUUUUUCAUUUGCAUAGCGUUCAUUUUUGGUUAUAUAUUGUUUUACUUGUGCCUUAUUUUUGUAAGCUGUGAUAAAUCUAUCAAAAUCGAAAGCGUCAAACGAAGCAACAAAACAUUAAACUGAAUAAAAAUGCCACCAAGCGCCAAUCCAUCGGCAUCGGGCAACGGGAGCCAACGAGCCACAACCCUCCAAACACCCAAUGGCAUCUCCAUCCCAGCCAGUGUAACUCAAUAUCCUCUCGGGAGACAAAACAACAAAUGGUGCAAUUCGAUAUGAGUUAUUUCUGGGGAGUGUGUUGCGAGUCGCUGGCUGCCGUUGCCUUUGUCCUGGACUCGCCUUGGUUUAAAUUUAUGGCAUAGGAAUAUGAGAGGGAAUAUACUCGUGUGUCCUUAAAGUUACCAGAGCUAAAUAAAUAAAUUGUAUAAAAUAUAA